AUGGCGGAAAUACAUCCAGUCGAGCAAGGGAAAAAAUUUAGUGUUGUGCUAGGGUUGUCAGGUAUAUAGAAAUCUACAAACCCCUGGUGACCCAGGGGUCCCACAGGGGUCCCACACUUUGUGAAAUGCUCUGGGAGAAUCUUGGAUUUGUGCAGUCAAUUUAUCUAGUUCGUAUGUUUCGUUAAUUUUGCGUAUUACCGUAGCUAUGGUGGGAACGCGUUGAUCUGCCCAUAGAGGUUCUGAAAGGCCAGAGGAAUCCUCACUUACCUGGGCAUCAAACAACUUGCAGAACUCUCCCAAUUGAUUUAAUUCAAUUAUGCCCCCAUCUCUGCGAUACAAUUCUCAAGACUUUCAACAAUGAAAGACUUUCAACAAUGAAAUAAUUUCUUGAACUGAAAGACAUCAAGUACUAAAGAUGAUGACUCUUCCUAAACUAUUGUAUUUAUUUCCAUCCUUACCUCUUACCCCUAUAACCAGCUUUCUUUUCCACUCUCUAUAUUCUAUUGUGUCUCAUAUUGUGUAGGCCAGUAGGAUACCCUUGAUGAAAUGUUAAAUACUCAUCAUACCCGUUAAAGAAGUGGAGCUUGAUCUACCUGACUUUUAUACAUAUCUUACCCUCACACCAAACUGGCAAUCAACCUCUUACUAAAUUAAUUUUUAUAAUUUUUAUGAAUUGACCCCAAAGGAAGGUUUUCAGAAAUCCGGUUUUCCCAAGAGAAUUACUAAAAAGCUGUUUUAAUGCAAGUUUAAAACCUCAGCUGUACUUGUAGAGAAUGAAAUCCCUGGAAGUAGAUCAACAUCUUCCUAUGCUAACAUUAGUAUAAAUCAAGAGUUAGCAGAGACAAAUAGUUAAUUUGUGAAAUAGUUAAUUUGUUAAGUCAAGGAAGAUAGGUCAUGAUACCUCUAUCUCUCAAAUAGCAAAAUAUCUAGAUAUUACAUUUAUAAAAUAAUGCCAGAGGUUUAUUCAGUAAAUAUCAGGUGGUGUGACAUUGAAAACCAGAAACUGUGACUGUAUGUGGCAUAAAGUCCAUAUGCUGAUUUUAUUUUGACAUUCCAGCAACACAGAAUUUUUAUGAACUCCGUCAAGUAAUAAUGCAUAUCAUAUACAAUACUAAAAGGAGUGAUCACAGUUUUGGUGUAUAGAUCAUGACGCUGCAGUUUCACUGCUCAUUUCUCUACUAUUUAGAAGGUAAAUAAAUCACUUAUAUUUCUGUUUAUGCUGCCCUAGCCAUACAUCUCCUGGCUGUGACACAAAAUUUAACUGCACAGUAGAUCAUAAUCAUAAUUUAUUAAAUAUACUUUCUAAGUAUAUAAUUCUAGCCUUGCUACACCUAAGAGGUCAGUGGAUAAUGGGGUUACUCUUUAGCAUGGAACCUGGUAUAAUUCUUACAGUAACCACAGUUCUCAAGAGGGCGGACUUAUUAAAUAGCUCUGAGUAAUUGUUAUUAAGCAUAUCUUACCGUCUGUGGUGCCAAGGGGUGAUCUGUAUAUCCUUAGUAUUACACUACAAUUGAUUACUUGUCGUCUGCGACAGUAGCCUACAAUUCCUAGCAUUGUACAGACAUCUGUAGUCAGCAUUCUGGCAGCAUUGAAUUUUUAGGUAGUAUGGCAAAUAAUGCAGAUCAUAUACAAUAUUAAAAAAUGAAAGUACAUCACUCAAGCAUUUUGUAGUCUGAGGCUGUUUUUAAUAAAGAUUGCAUUUGUCUGUGUCAAAUACAUUGUUUUUGCAAAAUCAAGACAAAUCGGAGGGUAUAUGUGAGGAUCAAUUAAAUGGUGCAAAAUAAACAUUGUUUGAAUGUAAUCUCAUUUAGUGAUUAGCUGCUUUUAGAAUAUUCUGUAAAGCCGUUUUUCACGGCGAAACGCGUCUCGGCAACAAGUGGUUCAUCAUUUUGACCACCAUCUAUAAUUUAUACCUGUUUUUACUAUAUAUUGUUACUAUUAUUAUUUUUUAAUUUUGUUCUAGUAAGAUAGCUAUUUUUAAUAAUAGAUUUAUUUAAUUAUUUAUUUUUUGUGUGAGGCUUUUCAUCUAAACUGAUUACCCGGUCCCUUGUUCUCUGGGGACCCUGUGCCUCUUCUCUCCCCCUUACCUCGUUUACACUACCUUCCUGUCAUUCGGACACUAGGGGAACUGGAACUUAGAUGCUAGCUAGUACUCCAGACAACUGAUCCUCUGGGCACCGUUUAGUAGAUCUCCCUUUUUUUCAAGUUAUACUUUUUGUUUGCAUAUCCCUUUUUAUCCUUAGAUUGAUUAAAGGUAGGGCCUCCCUUCCUCAUUUCUUAUACAGUGGAGCUCUCCUGAUGUUGGUUUCCCCUUGUGGGACGCUACACAUCACCUACUCCUAUUACCUACAUAUUUUGGAAGGUUACCCCCUCAUUGGAGCUCCCCAUUAGGUGGUUACAGUGGUGCAGCUCAUGAGCUGUUGACUUGUAUCCGGACUCCUGACCUGCACUCUGUUUACUUUAUUUCUCCAUUUUGUAUUUUUAAUAAUACUUUGUAAUAAAUCUUUUUAACCUUUCUACUGCAUCCUGCCCUGUGAUUCCGGUCAGGGGAGUGUCACCCCAGAAAUUGACACUAGGCCUACAUACUUAGAUCCAGUUUCCAAAAAGCUCUUUACAAGGUGAGCAUUUCUAUGCCUUAUUCCUGUUCACAUUAAUCAUUGAAGACACUGCACUUAGAUUAUCACUCUUUCUCUGCAUCUAUUCACUAUAUAUGACGUGGAGAGGAACGUAACUAUCGUUGAACUAAAAGAAGGUUGUGUGAUCUACCUUAAAGAUACAGACACCUGGAAGUUUAGAGCCUUAAAUCUGUAAUAGGCUCUAAAAUAUGUGAGUUUAUCCAUAUUUAUAACUCACACACCAAUUUUGAUAUAACAUACAAUAUUGCACUAUUAUUUGUAUCUUGUCUUUCUGUUUUUUCUAUGUACUUAUCACAAAGUGCUAUAUAGAGGGUAAGUGUAUUUUCAUACACCCCAUAUAGAAAUAUUUAUCUCAAAUAUAAAUACAGCGCUGCACUCAAACUAACAGCCUGAAGGGUAGAAAUACCAAUCAGACUGAAAGCGUUUUGUUUCUUGGUGAUUACUUUUGUUUAGUGGGGUAUCGGGAGUACCCACAGAGUGUAUACAGCAGCUACAUAGAUACGUUCUUUUUAUUAGUUAACUUAGCGCCACCAUCUCCACACUUUUGUUGUAUUUUGCCUUUGUAAAUUGUCUGAAUGUACGGUAAUCUCAUUUAGUGAUUAGCUGCCUUUGGAAUAUUCUGUAAAACCUGAAGAAUUGUGUAAUAAUUACUAUUUAUUUAUUUAUGCAUAUUUACAGAGAAUUAUUUAGAAGAGUACUCUGGGAAAUAUAAAAUGUACCUAUAAUUCCACAUUUGACUUUGCUUAUGCAAAGCAUCCAUAUUAUUUUGACUCAUAAAGGAAAUCAAAGAAAGAAUUUCAUUAUAUUCAAACCCUACAUUGUUUCCAAAUGGCAAAACAAUAAAUGUCAUGCAACAAUGCCACAUAUUUCUGCGUAUCAACACCCACACGCAUGCAAGAAGACACCUUAACUCCUUCACUUCCUAAAUCAGGUAUACACGUUCCUUCUUUCAUUUCCUUUGCAAAAUAAUAUUUAAUCCAUAUUGCCUCACUCAACCACAUUUGUAAUCAGAAAAUGAUUACCAGCCUGCAGAAGAAUUAAUUUAUCUGCCAGGAACCAAUACCACUCAUUUAAUGUCUGCAAAAGAGCUAAAAAUUAAAGUCUCAUUACUACUUCUAAACAGUAAAGUGAGUUUACAUGGGUCAUAUCAGUUGUACAGUCAGGGAGGGGGGAAAGAGUUUUCUAUAGCACUUUUUAAACCUCUUUAUUUUAGAAACAUCAUUUUUAGCUGAAUUUAUUAAAUGGGGGCAUUUGCAUUCUUUUGCCAUUUUAGUAAGCUGCACUGUUUUUAAUUUCUUCAGGGUUCUUACAACUAACUACUGGCGUGGUAUUAGAAGUAGUUAAUAAGCGUGGGCAUUGGUUUCAUAUUUCAAAUCAUUUAAUCUUUUUGGAUAAACUUUUAAAAUAUAUUUUUAAAAAUAUUUAAAUAUUUUUAAAAAAUCAUAUAUAAAAAUAUGUAAAAAUAGAUUAAAAAAAAUUUAAAUCUUUGUCAAAAUAUUUUAACAUUUUAAGAGUUAAGCUGUGGUUUUAAAAAAAGCAUUUAGACCAACCCAGUGUGUAUUAUAAUAACAUAUAUAAUGUCUGUGGUAUAACAUGCAGAAAUGGGGCCAAUGCAGUGUUUUCAGCAUCAGGCUAUCUUUAUGGCUGUGCAAGGAAUAAUUGUUCUUAUGCAGAGUGAGCACGUUUAUGCCUAAUCUUGACAAAGAACCAGACAAAGAGGAGGUGCACUUUCAAUGCUUUUUUGCUGUCCCCAUGACAGAUCAAUUGGACAGUCACCCUCCCCCAAGGAGGAGAAGGUUAUUAGAGGGUGGCUAAGGCUAAAAAAGCAUUUAGAAGAGCUGGCUGAGGGCAACAGGCAGCAAGCACACCCUUCCCUGCUCCUUAUUACUUGAAGUUACACUACACAUUAUAAUGAAGCAGGCAAGCAUCAUGGUGGCUGCUGUCAGGAGGGACAGCACACUAUCACCACUACACCACCAUGGUAACUGUGUGUGGUGUGUGUUUUUAACAGUGUAUCUGUCUGCAUGUAUAUGUGUCUGACAGUGUGUUACUUGCAGUGUAUGUUUGUAACAGUCUGUGUGUUUGUGUGUAUGUGUCUGGCAAUGCUCGUGUGUGUGGCAGUGUCUAUGUCUGUGCACGUGUCUGACAGUGCAUUCUGGUGUCUGUGUGAGUGUAUACAUGUAUCAGACAUUGUGUAUAUGUGUCUGUCUGCCAACAUAUGUAAGUGUGGCAGCAGUGAAUAUAUAUGUGUGUUUGCCUUUCUUGCAGUUGUAGCAGCAAUUCACUGAUACACGUGUGCACGUGAACAUGUGUAUAUGUGUCCAUGUAUCAGAGUGCGUAUAUACAUGAAUAAUUUAGUGUACAUAUUUAUGUGCAUACAUUAGUAGUUAUGUCCAAAGAAACAACAUUGCUGUAAUAAGGGCGACAUGGUAUGGGCAACAUCAUGGGAAUGUGACAAUAUAUAUUAUAAUUAUACAAUAUGGAUAUGUUUAUUUACAACACUGUUUUCUUACCUGUUACUUCAUUAUUUGGUAAAUGAUUUUUUAAAAGUUUUUAUGUCUAACAAAAAUAUCCAUUAAUGUUUCUAUUUAAUAAUAUGCUAUUUGUGCAUAUUGAUAUUAAAAUAUAUUUGAACAUUACUUCCCAGGAAACCCAAAUUUCUCGGAUUAUACAGGUGCUUUUUUUUUUUUGUGCAAACCGCUUGAGGUGAAGGGAUUAAUGGUGGUGGAAUAAAUCUUGCCGAUAUAUUUUGAGUUCUUAACUUCUUAUUCACAUAUGUUAAGUAGUUUGUGGGUUGUUCCAUUGUGUGGGAGGAAACUAUCUACCAUGGAUUUAUAUAAUAUAUGUCUAAUGUUUCAUAUUAUGUUUACAAAAAGUUAGAAAUUCUCUUUUUAGUAUGUAUAAAAUAAUCCAUAGAAACCAAACUGAUAUUUGUAACAAAGAAGGCAUGGUCUGCCUAUGAUAUUUCAUUUUAUGCUAGAGCAUAAUUAGCGGUACCCCUUUUAUAAGCUAACAACAGGCUGUGGGGGCGACUGGCCUAUCGACGGCACGAACGCAUGCUGACUACAAUCAUAAAUGCAUUAAGAACAUUGACGAACGCCUUUCAAUUACUGCCUAAAGAUAGCCUACUUUGAAAAGUGCAUUGUAACUGCAACACAAUCAAAUCUCUUAAUGUAUAAUCAUUUUAAAGCUUUUUAAUCCUUAAUUUAUAAUUUCAUUACAAGGUUUUAUAUGUAUUGGCUGUGUGGGAGAAGAGUGGUUACAUAAAAUUCUUUAAACUGUUGAAAACAAACUUAUAAUAUAUGCAGGAAUUAUUAAAGGGAUAAUGUUGGGUGUGAGAGCUCUUAACAGUCAGUAGGCAGAGGAAGAUACAAUAUGAGUGCAAUGUGAUAUUGUGCUGCAGAGUAAGUUAAUACUUAAUGUAUAUAGUAGUGCCUCUUAUUUCGUGAACAUGGACCCAAAAUGGGGUGUCUAUGCGAUUUUAUUGGCCUCCCUCUGGGUGGAACAGGAGUCUGUAAUUAGUCUCCAGGUAAGCUUUCAUCAGUACAAUGGAAGGCCCUUAAUGUAUAUAGUAGUGCCUCUUAUUUCGUGAACAUGGACCCAAAAUGGGGUGUUUAUGCGAUUUUAUUGGCCUCCCUCUGGGUGGAACAGGAGUUUGUAAUUAGUCUCCAGGUAAGCUUUCACCAGUACAAUGGCAGGCCCUCUGAUGCAAGAAAUAGUCUAAUAAAAGUGUUAUUGUUAUACUAAUGAUGUGACUGAGCUUUUCGUGUGCACAAAAUUAUGUCAGACAGCCCGAUAGAUAAGAUUCCAGGUGCCAGCAAAAUGAAUAGGGAUGUACUCAUCUUUCUCGCCGAGGUUAUUUUAUUUUCACUGGCGUAGAUUACAAAACCUGAUGAUCUCAGCCAAUCCAACGCUUGGGAGGCUAGUGCGCAUGCAUAUCUGUGCAGCACCAAUCAGCAUCUUCUCAUAGAGAUGCAUUGAUUCAAUAUGGGGAGCAUUCAGCCCCUCCGUGCAGAGCGAACUCAUGAAGUCCCUGUAGUGGCUGUCACAGUGAUGUGUCAUAGAGGUGGCAUUAGGCAGCAGUGUAAACACUGCCCUUUCUCAGAAAAGGUGGUGUUUACACUGCUCACCCAGCUGGGUCAAGCUGUUUGCCCCAGAACCACUACAUUAAGCUAUAGUGGUUCUAGUACAUGUAGUGUCUCUUUAAUACCCCACCUUGAACAAACUUAAACAAACACUCAGAGCUUUUCGCGGCGUGUGCUGCAAGCUUGACUUGUCCUGACAGAAUCUGCCAUUAAGUUGUGCCAGGCAAAGUAAAAUUAAAAAAAUAAACGGUGGGGAGCCUUCAUCUGUUUGAGACAACUCAAAAGUAAGUGUCCUUGGGUAAGACACCUAAUGAUAUAUAUAAACACCUACCUCAAAUCCUUAUGGAUUGUCGAUCUUUUGAGCAGGAUAAUGUUUAUCAUUAGAAAGCUUUAGACUAAUGGUGACUAUUAGCUUGAGGAGAUUUAAUCCUAAAUCCAUUCAUAUUAGCUGAUUUCUCUUGAAAUGGGCCCUUGUAUGAACUGAGGGAAAGGAGACCCCUUGUUAAAGGACACUAUAGACACCCAGACCACAUCAGCUUAUUGAAGUGGACUGGAUGCAGUGUCCCAGGUCCCUUAACCCUGCAAUGGUAAUUAUUGUAGUUUUUAAUAAAUUGCAAUAAUUACCUUUUGAGGGUUAACUCCACCUCUAGUGGCUUUCUUUCAGACAGUCACUUGAGAGACUUCUGGGUGGUUAGGCAACUUUUGGUCACCUAACUGAUGCCGAACAUCCUCAAGCUAUGAAUGAGGACAUCGAGCAUCACCCAAAAUCCCAUAGGAAAACAUUACACGUGCUUUCCUAUGGAGGAAGUCCAAAUGCUGUCGCCACACAUGCGCAUUAGGUACCCCCUGCUGGCUGACGUUGGUGGAGGAGUGGAGGUGGAGCCUGACCCAGCACCAUGGGUCAUCAUGGGAGUGAACUUUGUUUCCUAGCACUAUAGUUUCCUUUUAAACCGUAAAGCACUGGACUGAAAACUGAAUUGCUUUUGGGGUCUAGAGUGCCCCUUCAAUGUAUUUGUUCCAGGUAAUGCGAAAAUGUCCACGCAUUUAAUAAACUCUGUGAAUUCUAAUGUUGGUUACACAUGGGGUUUUGUUCACAAUCUUGGUGUCGAACACUUCAUACUGAAAUUAGAAUCAAGAGGCCAGUUCGCUGUUUGUAAAAGUCAUUGUCUUUAAAUAAUUAAAAAAUAAUAAUAAAAUAAAAAAACCUAUAAUGGUAACUGACACCCAUUCUGAUACUGGAAAUUCUUCAGUUGAUAAAGGCAAGGAUUUCUAUAACUGGAAAGAGGCAGGAAAUAAAGGUGGCCUUCUUUUUUAAUGCCUUGGAAAAAGAGAAAAUUAUUAAGAAGGUUACACAAGCAGUCAUUUUUCUUGUCUUUAAGAUUUUUUGAUAAUAGUAUAAUGCAAAUAAAAUACCUUCAUUGAAGUGCUUUCAUGUCAAUGUUAACGAUAAUGCCAUACGUUGAGAUGUAAAUUAACCUGCUCUUAUUAUAAGAAGAGAAUGAAUCUUUCUGUAGUUCAAACUUUGAUUUGCGAAGCAGUAUUGUUACGUUUAGAAAAGGUCCCUUUAUCAUUACGAAGACUCUCGAUGAUUAACAAAGGUCAAGCGUAGGACGCUGCGUCCAUAUCGAGCAUUGACAGCAAUGUGGAAUGUUGUGUCUGAAUCUGCAAAGAUCUUCUUACAAUUAAAUCUAAUUCCUCUGCCAUGAAAUUGUCUUUGUCCGUGAAUUGUAGUUGAGAGAUUUAAUUAAGAAAAGAAACUGGAAAUAAAGAGGGAAAUGUAUCACGUCAAAACAAGUGCUAUUCUUUGUGCAAAGUGUAAAAAUGUUGAGAUACAUCUAUUGGUUUCCAAAGUGAUGGGACCUUAUUUAGCAGUGCGCCCUUGAUUUAGCCCUUGUUUUUGCCUUGUUGAAAAAAUGCCUAUACUAUUAAAUAUAGCCAGAUAUCGACAAAUUCCCAGCUUCAUAUUUGUCAUGUUUUAUAAACAAAUAUGUCUUAGUGUCUUGGAUGAAUUUAGUCUUAACUGCAUCAUUAAAUGGAUGAAAUUCAAUUUGGAUGAACCAAAAUUAAUUUUAGCCCAAAUCUAUUCAAACAAACCAAUUUUUCCCGACGUGCACAACUCUACUUUAUUAUUUAUUGUGUGAUUUGAUCCAUUAAAUAUUCUUAAUUUAAUAUGUGUGGAAAUAUAGAGAUCCAGGAAAAUAAUCAAACUGGCUGAAUGGGUUUCCACAUAAUAUUAAUCUCUAAUCAACAUAAUGGCGUUUAUUCACUAAACUUCAAAUUGUAUUCAAUGGAAAUCCAAAAAUCUAAGCAGAAAUAGCUGUUUCAGAAAUUUCAUAUAUUGGAUAUUGUAAUCAAUGUUUGAUUUGAGUUUAAAUUCACUAAUUCGUGAAAAAAAUAAAAUACAUUUUCAAUAACAAAACUCUGAAUUGUUAUGAAAUUAAAGCCAGAUUGCAAGACCUAGGUUAAAAUAGCCAAGCUAUCACUGGCUGAGUUGAAUCAGGUAUUUUCCCCACAAAUUUUGCCAUUUGGUGUUCAAUUCACUACAAAUUACUGUUUAGUGAAUAAAGGGGACACUAUAAGCACUGAAACAACUUUAUCUUAAUGAAGCAAUUUCGGUGUAUAGAUCAUGUCCCUGCAGUCUCACUGCUCAAUUCUCUGUCAUUUAUGAGUAAUUAUUUUAUGAAGCCCUAGCCACACCUCCCUUCAUGGGACCUACAAAGUCUCCCUAAACAUUUCCUGUAAAGAGAUCUAAUUUUCAAACUUUCUUAUUGUACAGUCUGUUUAAUUUAGAAUUUCUCCUACUCUGUUAAUAGCCUAAAAGAGCCUCCAGUAUGUGAUUUAAGUUAAAUUAACAGAGCAGGAGAUAUGCACUUCUAAUGGAAACACGCUAGACACUGAAUUGUACUGCCUUGACAACAAACAAGUAAAGAAUACCCAUAUUAAACAGAAACUCAUCUUUAACUCAGAUCAGAUACAGAUGUUUGUGAGUUCAUCUAUUGAUCUAAAAUUUGCAAACCUUGUGCCAAUUCAUUGUUUGAUGGAUAUGAUCUCACUGUUUUACUGAUGGGUUGGCUUUGCUGUUGUUAAGAAUGUGUUAGAAUACAACACAAUAAUGUGUUAAUACAAUACGAUACUUCAGCUCAUUGCCUCUCUUUCCUUCAGGGGAGCAACUUCCAUUGUAUACAGAUGUCGACAAAAAGGAACACAGAAGCCAUUUGCUGUCAAAAUGCUGAAGAAAACUGUAAGUUGACAUUUUGUUUCAUUAUUAUUUUUUUACAUUUCUCGCCAUUUAACUUUUUGUUUUUACAUGAAGUAGCAGUAUUUGACUGCUUAUGGUUAUAAAAGUAUGGAAUAAAAUAAACAAGGAAAGCUGAUAAUACUUGUAAAACUCCUGCUGUGGUCAAACAUUAAACCACUACUGUAUGGAACUACACCUUGACACACUAAGCACCAAAUCCACUACAUCUUAACCUAGUGGUUUUAGUAUGUAAAUAUUGUAGACAUGUGCAAUUCGUUUCAUUCCGAAUGUACAUUCGGACAAAUUUCGUGAAAUUCAGACAUUCGGAUAUUUACGAAUGUCCGAAGUUCAAAUUGCCGAAUUGCUGAAUUUCCAAAUUGCCGAAGUGCCAAAUUUCCAAAGUGCCGAUCCUCACUAAAUUGCCUUGACACAUUCGGACAAAUUUUGUGAAAUUCAGACAUUCGGAUACUUACGAAUGUCCGAAGUUCAAAUUGCUGAAUUUCCAAAUUGCGAAUUGCUGAAGUUCCGAAAUGCCGAAGUGGGUUAGGUGUAAGGUUUAGGGGUUUUGGUGAUAGGGGUUUGGAGUUAGAGGUAGGGUUAGGGGUAGGGUUAGGGUCCCAAUUUACCGAAGUUCCAAAUUGCCAAAGUGCUGAAUUGUUGAAGUUCCGAAUUGCCAAAGUGUCGAAUUUCCGAAGUCCCGAACUGAACCAAAUGCCAUUGGUCCGAAUUGCUGAAAUGUGAAGGAAUGCACCUUUAUUCCAAGGCUAUGGGGAAGCAGCAGUAUCUUGUGAAGGAGGGAUAAGUGGGGGCCCUGCUGCUGCAUUCUGACUGUAGACUACUUUCACAAGACAUUCCACCAGAACAUAUUUAAAGGGACAUACCCUACGCCAUCGAAAUGUAUAUGCUUUUAAAUCCAGGGGGAGUAAUGUAGAUGGAUUUAAUACCAUGCACCUUUUUAAAGUGACAUUUGGAAGCAUGAGGAGAGCACACUCCAUCAUGAGAUGCCUCAGUAUGUAUGUGUUUGGGCUGAACUUGUGUUAGAAUGCUGUUAAUGUCAUGCGGGGUGUAAAUGUUGACGGGAUCUAGAACAAUAUCAGUGGCUUUGUAUACAACACAGUAAUGUGUUAACACAAUACAAUAAGACAAAAAAAAUCUUACCCUAAUUUCCAAUUCUGAAUUUUUCUAUUUUCAAAUGUAAAUUGAAAAAGUAACACUUUUAUCUUAAGAAGAAUUGUAUUUGUUUUAACUUUAGAGUAAUGGGUAGUGUAGUCCAACAACAUACAGAGACCGUGUGUUGGCCGCCCUGAUCUACAUAAAACCAGCUUUGCUUGCAUUCAGGAGAAGGGGCAGACAUCUUUACCAAAUUACAAAAUGAAAAGUUAAAGCUGCCUAUCUUUGGUUGCUGUGCUUAAAGGAACACACCCCAGGCACCAUAAAUGCUAUUGUGCAAUUUUUGGCUGUUCAUUUACCCUUCGCAUGCCAGUUGCCCACCCCCACAACAAAAAAACAAAACAAAAACAUAAUAUUCCUUUUUUUUCCUUUGGCCUGUCCAGUCUUUCUACUUCUCUACUCUGCCCAGAAGAUUGUCAGUGACAAGGGUAAACCGAAAUGUAAGUGGUCAAAUAAUUGUAAAAUGGUUUGACUUCUUACCUGUGGUUUGCCUUUUGCCUUGUGCCACUCCCCACCUCCACUUCAGCCUACAGGAGAGCCAGAUGCACUCUGUUUGAGCUAAGCCCUGCAGUGCAUGGCUUAAUUUAUAGGCUGAGUGAGAACAGCUGACACUCUCAGCCAACAGACAAGCCCUGCACUGAAGGGUCUAGCUCAGGGGAACUAAUGGAAGCUCUUAAGCUCCUGGCUGCCUGAAUUCUAAACCAGUUUAACUACUUACAAUGGGAAAGGGGUGUUAGAGUAAUCCUGAUAUCAUAACUAUUAUAGAGCGCUUUAGUGGUGGUUACAGGAUAUAUAGGAUAUGUGGCGGACCGCCUGGCACCCUGACUGGGUACCUCCACCAAUCGCUGCUUCCUAGUGCUCACUGAGUACUCCACCAGACACUAUCAGUACUGUAGGCCCUUAGCUGCCGCAGCUUGUGCUGGGGUCUCGCCAUUCCUUCCCACCCUGGACGACCUAGUGGCAUAGCCUGUAUAGCCUGUAUAACCUUCUCCCACAGACAUGAGACAAGGCACUAUGCUGGGGAUGAACUGGAACUGGUUUAAUGGGAGCUACAUGCGGCCUUUCGUGCAACUCCUCAUUCAUGGGGUUUUCUUAAUCCCAUUCCAGGGGCAUUCCCCACUGGACCUGAGAGGAGAGUAAUUACGAGCAAAUAUUCCACACAUUCCUCCCAUCUCUCAGGUACAAAAACAUACAAUUUAACAAACCCCAAAAGCACCCUCAAAACGCAUGAAAACCCCACAAAAGUCACAUCCCCUGAUAACCACGAUCUGGGUGACCAACAUAUCCAAAAAUCACCAAGUUUGGUUCAGGAGUUCGGGAUUUUCAUAGAAGUCACUUAUUUGACCAACCGUGCACAUGCUCUUAUGCCCACAAUAGUUCCAGGGAAUCAGGGCUAAUGGUUUGUCUCUUUUCAGGAGCACAAAAGUACAUAAAACAACGAAUGGAAUACUUAAAUUACUUGUGUAGCCUGUUCCCCUUGUUCGUGGAAACAAGAACAGUGACUUUCUAAGUGGGGUAGAACCGAACGCCGGCGAUGAUGGAAGUCAAGCGGUGUUCAGGAGUUUCUGUGUCCGAUUCUAGUUCCAUGAGAUUCAUGCCCAAACACCACUGCUUGCAUUCGCAGGAACAAGAUGGCCCCCACCUCAUGGUUGUUCAUAUGAAAUGCAGCCACACAGACGAACACUUAGAACACUGCGGUGGAAAUUGCUACAAAGUAUCAAUUGGGCUUAACAAUUGGGCUCCCGGGUGGUCUCUGGUUCGUGCGGCUGUUUGGUUCCCGAAGCAUAUAAUUAGAGUUGAGCGAACCCGAACUGAUAAGUUCGGGUUCAUACCGAACAUUACGUGUUUUGGACCCCAGACCCGGACACGGACACGGACAUAUCACUGUAUGUUCGGGUUGGAGUUCAGAGUUCGGCGAUUUAAUGACGCGUUUUGAAAGGCCGCAGGGCAGCCAAUCAACAAGCGUUUGACUCGUGUGCCCUUAGAAGCCAUCACAGCCAUGCCUACUAAUGGCAUGGCUGUGAUUGGCCAGUGUAGCAUGUGACCCAGCUAGUAGGGUCAUGUCUAUUAAAUUUUCCCAUGCUGUGUAAAAUGACACAGAGCACUCUGAUUGGUUAGCUUUUUUUUUUUUAAAGUGCAGUGGUUAUUCUGGAUUUUUAUUUGUCCUUUUUUGGGGCUGAAAAAAGAAGAUUUUUGAAGAAAGAAGACAUCAAAUGGUAAGUCUAUUUUUUUUUUUACAGGUAUUUAGACAAGGGUCCCCCCUCAUUAUUUUUAGGAUGAGGGGGGUAGGUAGGGGUAAUUUUUUUUGGGGGGAGGGGGGUGACUAGGGAUUUGGGAACCCCUAGUUGCUCAGGGGUGGGGGCCGGGGGGAGGACAUUAGGUCCCCCCCUUAUUGUUAUUUAGGACCUGCUGUGCAUGGGUGGGGGCUGGGGGGAGGACAUUAGGUCCCCCCUUAUUGUUAUUUAGGGCCCUCACCCGUUGCGCAGGGGUGGAGGCCGGGGGGGAGGACAUUAGGUCCCCCCCAAUUUUUAUUUAUGGACCCCAACCACCGCUCAGGGGUGAGGGCCGGGGGGAGAACAUUAGGUCCCCCCCCUAUUUUUAUAUAUGGCCCCCACCCACUGCUAAGGGUUGGGAUCCGGAGGGGAGGACAGUAGGUGUCCCCCCUUAUUGUUAUUUAGGGCCCCCACCUGCCGCAUAGGGGUGAGGGCCGGGGGGGAGGACAGUAGGUCCCCCCCUCCACAUUCUUAUUUAGGGCCCCCACCCGUCGCACAGGGGUGGGGGUAAUAGGUUUUUUUUGUUUUUUUUUACAGUGAGCAGCCACUGGCUGCUCACUGUUUACUAGACACGCCCCUACUUGCGGUAUAGCGAGUAAGGGCUGAAUUUACUAAUACUAAGUAAUCUUUACUUAGUAUUAGUAAAUGUGGCUGAAAGACCAAUUUAGGUGACCAAUUUAGGUCUUUCAGCCUUUUGGUAGAUAGCUCCCUAAUACCGUGUAAAUUAGGGAGUUAUCUACUAAGUGGCUGCUUAUUUUAUGUUAUUUUUAAGUGAUUCCCCUAUCCACAUUUGUUUGCAGGGCACUUGUCCUACUCUUAUCCCCAUUUGACUUCCUUUUGCAGCCCUCUAGCCCUUUCCAGGAGUUUUUUAGAACCAAUUUGGUGGCCAAAAGUUCGGGUCCCCAUUGACUUCAAUGGUGUUCGGGGUCAAGUUCGGGGUCAAGUUUGAGCCCGAACCCGGACUUUUUUUCAAAGUUCGGCCGAACCCGCCGGACCCGAACAUCCAGGUGUCCGCUCAACUCUACAUAUAAUUCCAAUUGCACAAACAGAGCCUUUUUAAAGUAUAUUACCCAAGGUCUAUUGCAGGGGCCAUAGUCCUGAGGCAGGAGGCUGGCAAGCAGGCUCCUCCAGGAACCCGUGGCGAGGUUCUGUUCGCCACAGGAUAUAUUCAGCAAACAUGAAUCUGAGAUAAAUUGAAAUUUGCUCAGAUAUUUGGUCACUAAGAAUAAUCUCAAUACAGAUGUUUUUUUUUUCACUAAUAAGCGAAUAUUAGUUAAUUGUAAAUAGAAUUGUGUUAUCUAGGGGAAGACUGCAGAUUUGGGAAGAUUCUAUAACCCAGCUAUAAUCACAGUUUGGCUGUUUUUGCAAUUCAGUUUUCAGUUUGUUAAAAUGGUGUGUUUAGUGAAUUAAUCCCAGAUGAGUUAGUGCCUAUUUAGUUUCAGAUUAUGUGAGUUGUUGUUUUGGGGGGGUUUUUGUGAUCAUGUUGUCACAAUGUUGCAGUUCAUAGUUCAUGGAUUUUCACACUGUAUUAUCAUUGGCAAUGAAAUGAAUUCUGGCAAACUAAAUUUGCAAGGUUACCUACCACAUAGCAGCAAUCUGUCAUUACAGACUCGGUUUACAUUUAUAGCUGAUAUAACUUUGAUGCAAACUAUAAAUUAAUACAUCAAAUUGAGUUCAUAUUAUUGCACAAAUCCUUUAUCUAGACAGAUAUUCAUUCUUGAGAAACAAUGAUCCAGCAUUUUUUCUUAGUGAUGAAAGAAACCCCAGUUAUUACAACUUCAAUACAAGGUCUUUAUUAAAGGGACACUAUAGUCACCAGAACAACUACAGCUUAUUAAAUUUGUUCUGGUGAGUAGAAUCGUUACCUUCAGGCUUUUUGCUGUAAAUACUGUCUUUUCAGAGAAAAUGCAGUGUUUACAUUACAGCCUAGUGAUAACUUCACUGGCCACUCCUUAGAUAACUGUUAGAGAUCCUUCCUGGGUCACGGCUGCCUAAAAUGCAUCCAAACAUUCACUGUCUCCUCCCUCUGCAUGCAGACACUGAACUUUCCUCAUAGAGAUUCAUUGAUUCAAUUCAUCACUAUGAGGAGAUGCUGAUUGGCCAGGGCUGUGUUUGAAUUGUGCUGGCUCUGCCCCUGAUCUGCCUCUGUGUCAGUGUCAGUCAAUCCUAUGGGGAAGCAUUGUGAUUGGAUCAGGCCAUCACUUCUGAUGAUGUCAGAGAAAGUUCACAGACAGAGGCAGCAGCUUCAGAUUUUACUAUAUUUAGGGAGGCAAAGGGGGCCAAGGGGGCCAGAUAGUGGUUUUCACACUAUAUGGUCAGGAAUACAUGUUUGUGUUCCUGACCCUAUUUUGCUCCUUUAACCCAUUAAAGACACAUGACAUAUGUGAGAUGUCAUGAUUCCCUUUUCUUCCAGAAGUUUGGUCCUUAAGGGGUUAAGCUGGGUGUUACACAAAAAGCCUAUUUGAUAAGCAUCGUGCUAAGGUUCUUUAUGUCAUAAAGAAUUAUUUUAACCCACCACAAUAAAGGAGCCAUGUAAUGCUUGUGUAAAUAUCUAAAACCCUGUUUAAGGGUUAGGCCAUUUGUUUUGACCAUACUGUUAUGACGACCUCCAGGCAUUGAUGGAGAUGCUAAUGUUAUCAAUGUCAGAAUCCAAGGUUAAAAAAACCCUGUCUGAUAGGAUCUGAGGCCCUGAUUCAUCAGAAUGAGAGACAUAUAAAUUAACUUCUUAUAACUCAUUUGAACCUAAUGAAGCUGUGCCAUAGGAACAGCUGGAUAUCUCAGGUGGGACAGGUCAUAGUGUCAUUAUGAGCUGAAGUGUGGCUCAGAGGCACAACAGCAGAACUAAGGCAGAAAGAGUCCAGAGUGCAAAUCCCCUUGUAGCCCCUUGGACCACACCUGGCCUUUCAUAUGACACCUGGCCUUUCAUAUGACACAGUCUCUGUAUGUAUUUAUUCAAUAUGUGGUCUUACCAGUGAUUUGUAAAGCAAAAAUUGAUAUUCUCAUCCAUUAGAAUGAAUGCACUUUUUUUUCUUACAAGGAAAGGUUAAAGGAACUUAACAUGUAUGGAUUGGAGGAAAAAUGAGAAGGGGGGAUAUGACAGAAACAUUUCAAUACAUAAAGGGAAUCAACGCAGUAAAGGAGGAAACUAUAUUUAAAAGAAGAAGAGCUACCACAACAAGAGUACAUAGUCUUAAAUUAGAGGGGCAAAGGUUUAAAAAUAAUAUCAGGAAGUAUUACUUUACUGAAAGGGUAGUGGAUGCAUGGAAUAGCCUUCCAGCUGAAGUGGUAGAAGUUAACACAGUAAAGGAGUUUAAGCAUGCAUGGGAUAUGCAUAAUGCUAUCCUAACUAUAAGAUAAGGCCGGGGAAUCAAAAAAGUAUUUAAAAAUAAUUGGGCAGACUAGAUGGACCGAAUGGUUCUUAUCUGCCGUCACAUUCUAUGUUUCUGUGUUUGGAAGUACCCUAUUUGAUUAGAUUUGAAGCUUUUGGCAACUCCUUAAAUACUUAUUCCAAACACCAUGACUAAUUCAGUGAUCCUCUCUGCUGCUGGAGGUUUAUUUAAAUCUCUGGCAGCGUCAUUAUGGUGUCAUCAACCAGCCUGGAACGAGAGUUACUGACUGGUGAAAGUCAAUUCCGUGCAAAUCUUUAUGUAUUUGGAAUCGCAUUUAAUUCUCUCAGACAAUGAAGGGUGAUGGUCGUGGCUUCAGCUACUCUACAGAAGCCUGAUGAACUUCACCAGACCUCCAGGGAUCGAAAAAAACAAAGUGGAGGUAUACAUCUAGGCUAUCUCUUGAGGUGUCCAAUGAGUUUAUUCCAGGAAUGCAUUAUUAAUUAGCUCUACGCUCUAAUUGGACAAAUUAUUAAUGUAUUGUUUAUCCUAUCAUACACAUCUGAAGCAUUAUGCUCCAUGAGGGCUGGUGAACCAAUGAACAUACAGGGAUCAAACACUCUCUAGUCUAGGAUACUACAGAAGCAGAGUUUUACUUCAGAUGUCACCAGUUAUGAUUGGACAACGUAAUAGUCUUAGCUGUUAAUGUUACUACCAAAGAUGGUAGAUAUUUGUCCACUGAGUCAUAUCUUGAUGAUGACCAGAAAAAUAGCCUGGAUGGAGUUACUUAAUACUCAAUAAAUGAGCCCACCACACUACCUUUUAAAUUGUAUGAUUCUAACAUGAUGGUGAAAUAAAAGAUUAAAUGGAUGCUUCAUGAAUAAUCAACAAACAAGCUGUAUGAAUCCACCAAGUUCAGGAACAGGUCCAGAUCAAUAUCUUCCAAUAUCUUUGAUGACUCUGCCAUAUUUAUGUUCAUUCCUAAUAUGAGACAUUUCCACUUGAGUCUUGGAACCACAGGCGCAUAUGACUCUGUUCAUUAAUGGGUGGCCACCCUUUCUCAUGCUGCAUUUAAUUGUUUCAAUCAAGAAUGCAAAUAAUACUGUUAGUUUAUUUGUUCUUUGUAUCCUCCCUUGAGAAAGGCUCAUAGCUGAAACGUUGGGGGGCUUCUUUGUUGGUGUUCGCUCACUUUUCACUGUUCCUCGUUUUGCCAGUAUUUUCUGGUAUGUUGUCUAUUUUUCUUCUUCUGCUUCAUGAAUUUAUAUAUCACUUUAUUUUGGUUGUUUAACUUUAUGUAAGAGGUAGGACAGGCUUCUGCUUGAAUGUUUUGUCUCACAGAUUGCUUGUACUAUAUUUUUUGCAUGUCUUUUAUAUAUUUUGUGUGUAUUUUCAUAUGAUAUAUUUUAGCAUGAAUUAAAUACAAUAGAUUUUUCAUUUAGUGUGCUCCUCUUCGUUUUGUAUGUACUAUUAAUGUUUUAACUCCAUGGGGAAUGGAGUUAUAAUAGAUCACCUAGUUUGUAGGUAGCACUUUUUCUCUUUAGCUAGCUUUUCAUGUUUUUGACCUUGAUUUACACUGUGUUCCUUACAUGGUAAUUGUUUAUAUCUACAUAUUUGCCUGGAAGAAAACUAUUAAUCAGAGAACCAUACAAUCCCAUCCUUCAUUGUAUUUUUAUGAAAUUAUAAGAUGAAGAAAAGACAGCUUUCAUUAUUCCACUGGAUUUGUACUUUCUAUCCAGAAUGGAUUAUGUUAUCACCAGAGAAAUGUUUGAUAGAAAAUAAUUACUGACAAAUUUCAAACAAUGAUUGAAGUUUUUGAAUAACCUGAUGAGACAUAUCACAACAGGAACACUUAAAGUUUUCUCUGCUAAAUGGCAAAUAUACUGAAGGGUUAAGUGUGGUGAAUAUGUUGUAUCAUCAGCUUGAGAGACCAGGUAUAUAGCUAAUAGUAUUAGAAGACGACGUAUAGUUGUGGUCUACAUAUCAGAUGUCUAUUAAAGUAAUAUUGUAAUAGCAUAUUCUGCUCAAUACUAUUUAAAUUAUUAAAUGGACACUAUAGUCACCUGAACAACUUUAGCUUAAUGAAGCAGUUUUGGUGUAUAGAACAUGCCCCUUCAGCCUCACUGCUCAAUCCUCUGCCAUUUAGUUGUUAAAUCCCUUUGUUUAUGAACCCUAGUCACACCUCCCUGCAUGUGACUUGCACAGCCUUCCAUAAACACUUCCUGUAAAGAGAGCCCUAUUUAGGCUUUCUUUAUUGCAAGUUCUGUUUAAUUAAGAUUUUCUUAUUCCAUGUUAAUAGCUUGCUAGACCCUGCAAGAGCCUCCUGUAUGUGAUUAAAGUUCAAUUUAGAGAUUGAGAUACAAUUAUUUAAGGUAAAUUACAUGUUUGAAAGUGAAACCAGUUUUUUUUUUCAUGCAGGCUGUCAAUCAUAGCCAGGGGAGGUGUGGCUAGGGCUGCAUAAACAGAAACAAAGUGAUUUAACUCCUAAAUGACAGUGAAUUGAGCAGUGAAAUUGCAGGGGAAUGAUCUAUACACUAAAACCGCUUUAUUUAGCUAAAGUAAUUUAGGGGACUAUAGUGUUCCUUUAAUGGUUAUAUUCAUAUUUAAUUGUGUUUUACUUCCUAGACCUCAAUUUCGUAUUGCUGGGUACACAUUUCAAAUGAUUUGAUAUUUUUGGAUACAAUUGUAAAAUAAUUUUUUCAAAGUAUAAAAACAACAAAAAUAUAUAAUAUAUAAAACCUUAGAAAUUAAAACAUUUUUUAUAAUAUUAAAUCAUUAAAAAAAACAUGUAUACAGGUCUCAGAUCAAUAUUGUGUUUUCCAUUUUAUAAUUUUACUCUAGCACAGUGUGUUUUAUAUGCAGGCCUCAAGGUCAAAUAAAACCUUUUUGUUUCUGUUCAUACUGAAUAACCAAUAGAUAAAUGAUACGUUUGCUGAGAAUGUAGUACAAUUGGUCAGCCUCUCCCAGUGUUGAAAAGGUUAAAACACCCUUUAAACACUUACCUUUUUAAAGCUAACCACUGACACCAUUUUCGCCUUUUCCGACAACACGGCGAUGGGGAAACCAGAUGCGCAUGCGCGGCAAGCAUUAGACAUUUUCCAUAGGAGAGCAUUGAAUCAAUGCUUUCCUGUAAGGGAUUUAAAGAAACUGGAAGCCCUCAUUCAGACAGCCACUAGAGCAGGAGUUAAAGGACCACGCACUAUAGUGCCCUGAGGGUGCCCCCACCCUCAGGGUCCCCCUCCCGCCGGGCACAAGGGGGUGGUUAAACACUUACCUCCUUCGGUCGUCAUCGGCUGAAUGCGCAUGCGCGGCAAGAGCCGUGCGCGCAUUCAGCCAGUCCAUAGGAAAGCAUUCUCAAUGCUUUCCAAUGAACGCUGGCGACUUCUCACUUCUGAGAAGCGCGGAAGCGCCUCUAGCGGCUGUCAAUGACACAGCCACUAGAGGCUGGAUUAACCCAUAUGUAAACAUAGUAGUUUCUCUGAAACUGCUAUGUUUACAGCAGAAAGGGUUAAUCCUAGAUGGACCUGGCACCCAGACCACUUCAUUGAGCUGAAGUGGUCUGAGUGCCUAUAGUGGUCCUUUAACCCUGCAAUAUAAUUAUUGCAUUUUAAAUAAUGCAGUUUCUCUAAAAUGGCAGUGUUUUACAUUGCAAGGUUAAGGGGACAGGGACACUGCACCCAGACCCCUUCAUUGAGAUAAAGUAAUUCAAGUACCUAUAGUGUCCAUUUAAUUUAGAAAUGUCAAGUCUAAAAUGCAUACAUAAAGAUUUUUUUUUAAUGAUUUAAUGAUUUUUAUUCACUGUGUUACUCUAUAUCAUAUUUUGAGUUUGACAAGAACAACAGUAGAUGGAUUUAUUCCGUGAGCAGUUUUUAUUGUAAGAACACCUGUAAGGUGUGUUUGCUGAGCGACACCUAACACGUUACUUUGGAUAACAUAUGUUGGGUUGUCAUCCUCCUAAAUUCAGACUUUUCAUGUAUUUCUGAUAAUGAAAUUCAGAGAUGCAAAUUGAUCAUAUCUAAGGAAGAAAAUAGAGUGACAUAAUAAAAAAUGGAAGAGCAGAUGGUAGUGUAAUAAUCAUAGCACAAAUGAAGAAAACUAUUGCUUAGAAAACUCUGACUAUUUUUGUUCAAGCGUGAUUGCUUUGGUUUCGCAAUAUCCAGUGAAAUUGUAAUUCUGCACUCACAGCGGGUUUGAAAGAGCUCGUAUACAUAAAAUUCAUCUCCUCACAAGUACUAAUCAGAAAAUUCAAGGGCUGUUUUCAACUUGCAUCAAAAGGUUUGUAAUGUUUGCGAUUUGAAACCACAGAUCAUUGUAUUAAUUUAUUUAUUUUUGUUAAGUAUAUUGAAUCCAUUUGCAUUCUUAUCUUAAAUCUUAGGCAUUUAGAUCUGAAAUGGGUAUGCCGGCUAGCAAGGAUCAGGAGGUUUAAAUAUGACUUUUCUGUUGUGUGUUAAGGUAGAACUGAUGGCUGUAGAUUGUACAAAUGAAUGUUACAAAAACCUUGCAGUAAAUGUGUUUGGCUGAUAAAUUGCUUCAGCAAUUUGAUAACAUUAAAGCCCUAGGGCUAAAUGAGAUAAACCCAUGUAUACUCAGUGAGCUUAAUCUAGUUAUAGCAAGACUAUAAUUUUUACUCUUCCACAACUCUUUCUUUUUAACCUAUCAAUAAUUAGCAGUGAUUUACAAUUAUUAAGUACUGUAGAUAUUUGAGAGGUGAAGAAGGUCCUGCUCAAACUGGCUUACAAUUUAUGAAGCUGAACCAUUAGGAUCCAAAAUUACUAAAUUACGUAAUCACUUGGCUUUAACCAAAAGCAAAAUGCAAUAUCCCCUGUGUCACGGCUGAAGCCAAGAUCAAUCUCCAAUGCCAUCCUCUAACUCUACUUAUCCUCAUCUCUCUGUAUUAUGUCUCUGUCCAUACAUAAACAGAAAGAGUGCUGCUCGUACAUCCCAGUAUAGACUUAGGAGGAAAAGGUACCCAGUGGUGCUUCAGCCAUGUCCCCUGGACUAUCUACCAGAGUAAAGGAAAAGAUCACUAUAGAGUACUGUGACCUUGCUCCCAUCAUCUACAGCCCAUCACUUUGGGAAGAAAUUGCUCCCUUUCCUCUACCAGCUCCAAAGUCCAAAUACUAGUGCUUAUCAUUUCAGAUGGACAGCUACAUUGAUAGGAAUCUACCCUAUAUAAAAAUAUUAAAUAACUAGUAUUCUCACUACAAGAAUAAUCUGGGGCUAAAGAUCCCUACAUCCCAAGCUAUAGCCAUUAAAGUCGACCCUUAUUGACACUGAUGGUCAGAGGCAAAAUAUGGUACAUUUUAUAAUAAUGUUGGGUUUGUGUGUAAUAAGUAAUAGUACUGAAGGAAGAGAUGUUUAUGAUACUGACAAAAAUAAUUUACGAGUUUUGUUGGUCUUUCCCAUUCAACCAGGUAGACAAGAAAAUUGUAAGAACAGAAAUUGGAGUACUACUGAGACUUUCUCAUCCAAAUAUUGUAAGUCACGCAUUUUAUUGUAAUCAUUUUGAUAAAUCUGAUGUCUAAUUUACUUUAAUGACAUUUUGUGUAACUGUAUCCUUACUUUAGUUGGACUCAAUUCACCUGCUCCCUGCUCACGCUCAGUUACGAUACAUCUCAACUUAAAGGGGCUUAUUCAAUAAACACCUUAUUGUAGUGUAAUACCAGAUUGCGAAAUGUUUGUGGCUAUGGCUGAGUUGGAAAAUUUUGUGAUUCAUUUUUCAAUUCACUGCGAUUAUAUAUUGAGCAAAAUCCAAUUCACAUAAUGCAACCAUACAAAAACAGAUUUGAAGAGGAAUCGUCACUUCUAAGGAAAUUACACAAUAUCUUUGAAGAAAACAUUGAAAAUAAUCUAUAUCUCAUGCUAACCUUGUUUUCAUGGGAUGCUCCAUUUCCCAUGUGUUUUAAAGAUUAAAGGACCACUCCACACUUCCAAACCCCCCCCACCAAAAAAACACAGGUUAGUAGAUAUACCCCCAACAAAUACAUACAUGCAUAUUUUAAUGUAUGUAUUCAUUGGGAAUAUAGUUUAAGAUAGCUUACAAAACAUGCAGUUCUUAUGACUGCAGCCUUUGUAAGCUCCUCCCCUUUUUGUCCCGGAAGAGACUUUCAGUCUCUUCACAAAGGAGAAGCCUUCAUUGAGAAGCCUCUGACUUGGUCCCCACAUGCACACACAUGCACAAUCUGGUCGUGCACGCUCGGCUUUUCGUACACACGCACGCACCUGGUCGCAUGUGCAGGGAUGAAGCUGUUGAGCUGGUCUGAGGUCUUUAAGGGAGCGAGGGGGAGGCAGGCAUGCUGCAGUAGAGGAUGUCUGCCACUUCCUUUAACUCAGGGGAGCUAAUGGAAGUAGGAAGGAAUCCUUGCCAGCUGUUUGAUUGACAGCCAGGGGGGUGUUCCCUAGUUAAUUUAUAAAAGUGCUGAUUUCUUAUAAAAAUCAGCACUUUUAUAAACUGGGGUUAAAUGAGGAUACUCUUUACCCAUAAAGCAUGUCAGCAAACUGAAGUGCUUUUGGGGUGUGGAGUGGUCCUUUAAGCAAAUGACACAAUCCAGUUCAGUCCUGGCACAGCCAAGGCACACAUUAAAUUAGAGGAGGAGAAUAUGUUACACUGUUUCAGUUUCUCCUCCAAUCUCUAUGCUGUUUGACAGGUGCAAAGGGAAUAACAAUUAUCAACAGGGAGCCAAAAUGGAGGCCAUCAGUUCUAGGAUGGAGAUAAAUGCCGCAGUGUGGAUUUCUCCAUUUUAUUUUUCAGAUUUCGCUAACAAACGAUUUUCAAACGAUUCAAUGCUGUACGAAAAACUUUCCAAAUGAUUUUUCUAGAAAAACUCCCAUAGAUUUUAAUGGUGACUUCUGUUGAUAAAUCAUUUGGCAAGUCUUUUUUUGACAGUAUUGAACUAUACCCAGCAAGCGCCCCCAACUACAACCUUGGCACACCAAGCUGACUCUAUACCUCCAAAAAUGCUCCAGAACUGCAGAAGAUCUCACUCCACAUCUGACAAACCUAAUUGCAUUCUACGAAGAAGUAAGUAGAAGUAUAGAUCAGGGUGUUGCAGUGGAUGUGAUCUACUAGGAUUUUGCCAAGGCAUUUAAUAUGGUUACACACAACAGGUUAGUCUUCAAACUAAAAGAAAUUGGUCUAGACGAAUAUUCUUGUUCUUGGGUAGAACAUUGACUUAAAGAUAGAGUACAACGAAUUGUCAUUAAUGGUAAAUUUUCAGGAUGGACAAAAGUGGUAAGUGGUGUCCUUCAAUGAUCUUGAAAUACAUUGAAAGCCAUGUUUCAGUGUUUGCAGAUGACAAAACUUUGUAAAGUAAUAAAAUGUGAGCAGGAGAUUGCUUUGCUGCAGAGGGAUUUAGAUAGAUUGGGGGAAUGGACACUAAAAUGGCAGAUGAAAUUUAACGUAGAGAAAUGCAAAGUUUUAUUAGUCAAGAAUGCACAAGCAACUUACACCCUAAAUGGUAGUGAAUUAGGGAUAACCACACACGAGAAGGAUUUGGGAAUUGUUAUAGACAACAAUAUGCAAUGUCAAUCUGCAGUUGCUAAGGCCAGUAAGGUUUUGUCAUGUAUAAAUGGGCAUAAAUUCUCAGGAUGAAAAUAUAAUUUUGCCUCUUUAUAAAUCGCUAGUAAGACCACACCUUGAAUAUGCUGUGCAAUUUUGGGCACCUGUUCUAAAGAAGGAUAUCGUGGCACUAGAAAAAAUGCAGAGAAGAGCUACAAAAUUGAUAAAAGGAAUGGAGCAUUUUAGUUAUGAAGAAAGGUUAAAAAUGUUUAAUCUUUUUAGUUUGGAAAAACGGCAUCUCAGAAGGGAUAUGAUAACAUUAUACAAAUAUAUUCAAACAAUUAUCUGGAAAUCUAUUCCUAAACGGGGCUAUGCAUAGGAGACGAGGUCACGCAUUUAGGCUGUAAGAAAGGAGAUUUCAUCUAAGGCAAAGAAAAUGUUUUUUUUACAGUAAGAGCAAUAAGGAUAUGGAAUUCUCUGCCUGAAGAGGUGGUUUUAUUAGAGUCCAUACAGAUGUUUAAACUGCAAUUGGAUAAAUACUUGCAAAAACAUAACAUACAGGGAUAUAAUUUCUAAUUAGUGGGGCAAUAGCUGCUUGAUCUAAGGAGAUAUCUGACUGCCAUUGUGGGGUCAAGAAGGAUUUUUUUUCCUAGUUUGUUGCAAAAUUGGAAGCGCUUCAGACUGGGUUUUCUGCUUUCUUUUCGAUUAAAGGACCACUAUAGUGCCAGGAAAAUAUACUCGUUUUCCUGGUACUAUAGUGCCCUGAGGGUGCCCCCACCCUCAGGGUACCCCUCCCGCCCGGCUCUGGAAGGGGGAAAGGGGUAAAAACUUACCUUUUUCCAGCGCUGAGCGGGGAGCUCUCUGUCUCCGAUCCUCCUGCUCUCCUCCCCGUCGGCUGAAUGCGCACGCGCGGCAAGAGCUGCGCGCACAUUCAGCCGGUCGCAUAGGAAAGCAUUAUCAAUGCUUUCCUAUGGACGCUUGCGUGCUCUCACUGUGAUUUUCACAGUGAGAAGCACGCAAGCGCCUCUAGCGGCUGUCAAUGAGACAGCCGCUAGAGGAAAUAGGGGAAGGCUUAACCCAUUCAUAAACAUAGCAGUUUCUCUGAAACUGCUAUGUUUAUGAAAAAAUGGGUUAACCAUAGCUGGAUCAGGCACCCAGACCACUUCAUUAAGCUGAAGUGGUCUGGGUGCCUAGAGUGGUCCUUUAACAGCAAAAACAUAUGUGAGGAAGGCUGAACUUGAUGGACACAAGUCUCUUUUCAUCUAUGUAAAUAUGUGACUUUCUCCACUAUAAAUGUAUGCUGCGCUCUUACAGCUUGGCUCUUUCCUCUGCAAAAGUAAAUUACUUCAAUACCCUCAUAACCACUCUUUCCCGCGAACCCAAGCGACUAUUCCACACUUUUAACACUUUUUUUUUUCGUCCUGUUGCUGCUCUACCUCCUACCGACUUAACUGCCACAAACUUUGCAGUUCACUUCACUGACAAGAUCUCUGCAAUCAGGGAAGAGAUCUCUCAUCUCUCUCUCCCCUUACAAUACUUCCCUCUGCUGUUCUAUGUUCAUUCACACCCGCUACAGUGUUAAUCAUCAACAGCUUCUUCUCAUCCUCCGUAAUAUUGGUCUAAGAGGUAUUGCUCUUUCCUGGUGCUCCUCCUACCUCACCCAGCACUCUUUUAGUGUUUCUUUCUCUGGCUCUGCCUCUACCUCCCAACCUCUCUCUGUUGGUGUCCUCCAAGGUUCAGUCCUUGGUUAGAGAUGUCACGAACCGUCCGUGAACUUCUUGCGAACGGUUCGCCACUGGUCAGCUGACACAUCCCGGCCAAUCUCCAGCAGACCCUCCCUCCCAGACCCUCCUACUUCCUGGACAGCAUCCAUGUUGAAGGCAUUAAAUGAUUUGAAAAACAUAUCCAGAAAUAUUACAUGGCGCCCUUUGCUAGCUCAUUGACGGUAUGCCUUGUUUUUAUGCUUUGUAUUUGACUUCACUCAAUAAAUAACAUUUAAUAUAGAGGAUAAGUAAAUAUAAUAUUGUAAAUUGUUAAAAAAGUUACAGUGGACUUGUUACGUUUCAUACAGGGAAUCUAGGGAAAUCAAACAAAAAGUGCAUUGUAGCAAACAAAGAAAAAAUGUUGAUGUAAUAAUUCAGAAAAAGUAGCUAAAUUGAUUUUUCCAGCAUCAUGCACAUUCCAACAGAAAUAUGUUUCCUUGAAGGGGAAAUGAAAUUGAACAAUAUUUUAUUCCUAUAACUGUGUACGUGUGUAGCACUGACUAGUUCUCUUUGCUAGGAGCUAUCCGCAUGUAAUUGGGUUUAUAGAGUUGAUAAAAAAAAUCCACGUGACAUAUGUUUUUGAAGUUAUGAGUUUGUUUUUAUCAAACUGGAUGAAUUAUUUAAGAACAUGUUAAAUCUGCUGACAUCUGAAACCAUACCCAGACAUUGGCAAGGGAUUUAUUUAUAUUUCAUAAGUAAUGCCGCUUUGUCUGUAAUUAAAUUUUAAAAAAAUAUGUUCCAUACCGAUCUACACUUAUUUUGCAUGUAAAAUAAAACCAUGAAUAUUAAUAUAGAUUUAAUUUUGCAUAAACAAUAUUUUAUUUAUUUAAAACAUGAUGGAAAUGUAUUGCCUGAUUUGAUCUGUGUCUGUCAAAACCUUUUGAAUUAAAAUAAUCUCAUAUUUAUUAAAAAAGAAAAAUGACAAUAAUAUUUACCCCAAUCUGCCAGAAAGCAGUUUCAUAAAAAUAAAUAUAUGUGACUGUCUCUGUUCAUCUACCGUAAAGGUUUUCUUCGAAAGCUCAUCCAACCAUUAUUGUCAAAAAAUAUCCAUGCAAUAUUGUACAGCAUAUUUUGAAAAUGUUGGGCUUUCGCCUUGGAUGGUAAUAUUUAUUAACCAAUAGCAGCCAAAAGUCCUGAUUUCAGCAGGACUGCUCUACUUUAUGACGCACUGUAAUUCAGUUCUAGAUUGGCACCAGUAAAUAGGAUCGAUCUGAAAUUGAACCAGUUGGCUCAUUUCUCCUAUUUAGGAAGGCAGUGCCGUGGAUAUGUUAAGGCAUGGCACAAUUUAUGUCACUGACAUGCCCCCCAAAUUAGACCUGCAUCCUUACCUGACACCUAACUAACUAUGCUGCUACAGGUAUGCUAUUAACAAUCUAAAGUAUUUUAAGAUUGGGGUAAAAAUGUACGACAAAUUGCCAGCAUGGUUGAUGAAUACAUACAGAUCAUGGGUCAAGUGCACAAGUUAAAUUAAACAUUUAAAGUAAUUAGUCUAUACAUCUCUUUAAGCACAUAGAGAUGCUCUUAUAGUCAAAUUAAUACUUCUACAACACACGGUUUUCUUUUCAUUUGCAGAUCAAAUUGAAGGAAAUAUUUGAAACUCCGACAGAAAUUAGCCUUGUCCUCGAACUUGUGACUGGAGGCGAACUGUUUGACAGGUGAGACAUGUGUAAAUUAUAGAACAUAGCAUACCACCUAUGACAUCCCCUAUGGCACACUGAUAGAGAUAGAGAUAUCGAUAUCGAUAUCGUAGUUACAUGGUCUUGAAGAAGUGCUAUGUUUGCACAAAAUGCAUUGACUAGUGGCAGCUACACUAUGGGAGCAUUUAUUGCAUUGCAAUUGCAUGGAAUUUUUAUAACAAAUGUAUUGAAUAAAGAUUGGAAUAGUUUUUAAACACACAGCAUUGUGUACAAUUUUGUCCGGAGAGGCCAAAUAUUCUACUUCUUUUUCUACUUUUGCAAGAAGCCUUUGUAAAGUACAUAGUGUGUCCUGACCCCUUCCCUAAAAUGUAAAAUCUGUCCGCAGAGACGCAGGGUUGCUUAAAGUAAAAAAGGAUUUCAAGGGGCACUAUAGUCACAAGAACAACUACAAUGUAGUAGUGAGUAUAGCCUGUCACUGCAAACAUUUUCAUGUAAACACUGGCUUUUGAGAGAAAAGGCAGUGUUUACAUUGCUGCCUAGGGAAACCUCCAGUGGCAGCCACUCAGACAGCCACGAUAAGUGCAGCACUGACAUUUAGCGUCUCCACACACUGCAUGGAGUUGCUGACCUUUCCCCACUGAGAUACAUUGAUUGAUCAUCCUAUGGAAAAGCAUUGGAGAUCAUUGAUUCUGAUGAUGUCAGCCAAGGAGGCGGACUGGGGGCAGGGCCAGCACUGGCAGAUCCGCGCAGCAAUGGAAUAAAGGAGAGUUUUAACAAUUUUUAAGGGGUGCAAGGGGGGGGACAACCUAAAUAGUGUUUUUAACACUAUAGGGUCAGGAAUACACAUUUGCAUUCCUGACCUUAUAGUAUUCCUUUAAAGAACCAAGAACUGAUAGAUUAUAUAUGAUACAGGUUUCUAUGGGGGAGAUAUAUGGCAAUAUCAAAAUAUUCACCAAUUUUGCAGUUUAAUCUAUUUUCAUUGUAACAACGCAUUUUGUAACCAAUCAGGAUUUUUAUCAAUUAACGGGCUCUCUGGUCCAGUUCAUCUGAUGGUAAAUCUGUAUGUAUUAAUAAAGUAAAUACCAUACUGAUACAUCCAGUUUUGCUCAUUGUUUGGAUUAAAAUGUUUUUCUAAUAGUGUCAACAAGUUGUUUUGUUAAUGAUGUGAUAAUGUUGGGGCUUUGUUUGCAGGAUUGUGGAGAAGGGUUAUUACAGCGAGAGAGAUGCAGCUGACGCAGUGAAACAGAUCCUGGAGGCAGUUGCAGUAAGUAGUUCAAUAUCAGAUACUUUGUUACAUUAAGUGUGUGUAAACAUUAAUAAUCAGUUUGCUAAAAACUAAAACAUUUUUUCUUUUCGGCCAAGGUUAAAGGUACACUCCAUUGAUGAUGAUGUGGUUUUCUUUUAAUAAUCUAGCAGAUAUACCCCCCAAAAUAUCCAUGUAUUUCUUUCUGCAGGGUUUCUUUGGGGGUACAUGAAAAAAAAAAACAGUUUGCAAAAGCUGCAGAUCCGCUGUCUGCAGCCCAGGGUUGUUUUUGCCGCGAAGUUAACAAGACAUUUGCCUUGGGCGGCACUUUCCAAUUUGCACCUAACUGCCCAGGCAAAUGGCUUGUUAGCCUCGUUUUAAUUGGGCCCUGAGCUGGCUGGCCAGCUUUGGGUCCCCUUGGGGCGGGCGGCGAGGGAGCUCUGGUCUGUGAGCACCAAUGCAAGCGGGCGGGCACGCAAAGCAGGAAGUGAGGGAGCUGAGCUCUCCCUGCUCAACUCCCUUCCACGCAGCAGAGUAAUCCCGGGAGCCGGAGUGACAUCAUAUUCCAGCUCCCGGGAUUCCUCUGCGGCGCGUGAGGGAGCUGAGCAGGGAGAAUGCGUAAGACCAGUGAGAAGCAGAUUGCAGUAGUCCAGGCAGGAGUUGAUGGCAGCAUUGAUCAGCACCUUAGCGGCCGAGGACCAGCCACUCCACCACUAUAGUGUUAGGAGUAGAUGUUCGUAUUCCUAAACUAUAGUAUUUCUUUAAGGAUUUCUGUGGCUAAUGAAAGAUUGUUCUUUUCUGAAAUGAUCAUGUACAAAUAUAGUGCAAUGAGAUACUCGAACACGUUGAAAAAUGCUGUUUUCACUUUGAUCUCACCGCAGGUUUAUUAAUGCUUUGCUACAACGUGUUCCAAAGUUAAAAGAAAAACUGACUUUUCAGAUGAUUCUUUACUUGAAAAAUUAAGCAUAGAAAUGUUUUUUAGGUUUUUCAGAUGAGUUUUUCUUCCCCUAGAGAUAAAUCUAACAUUAUUAAGUUUUCAGUAAAGACUAGAAUUAUUUAUUGGUCUAUGUCUCAAAUGGAUUUACGAGCAAGAUAUCUAUUUACUGGACACGGACCAAAUGCCAUUUUUAUCUAAAAAUCCCGUACAGCUUCUCAGUGAGGCGCGUUAUAGUCAAUUCAAUUUCACUGUGGAUUUAAGUGUUGUCAAAAAAAGCCAUUACAAUGUGUUUUGUCUCUUAGUGAGGAGAAAUUGCUAUUACAUUGCUGCUUUGCUCACAACAUUUAUUCACAGUAACAUAAUCUGGAUGCCACAAUAUAAUUAUGCUUCAUGCCAACUUACAUUAUUGACACUACCAUCCUGUUUUGUUCAAGUCUAACUUUAAUUCUUGUCAGUUGUGCCUGUAAAAGUUCAGAAUAAAUAAUAAUGUUUUGCAGAGUUACAAAAACAGUUGGAGGGACACGCUAUACAUCCUGUGGGCAUUUAAAUGUCAUUUUAGAAUAAUAAAUAAGUAAUUUACCUUUAAACGAUUCUUCCCAGUGACAAGGAAUAACUAACAAAAAAUUUAACUCCUUAAGGGCACAUGACAGAAAUAUUCCGUCAUGAUUCUCUUUUAUUUCUGAAGUUGUGUCCUUAAGGGGUUAAAUAAACAAUGUAAUGGACAGCUUGGGUACCAUGCUGAGGUGUCUGAGUCACAGCUCUGUAUUAACCAGUUAAUGUUGUAUAGCACAGAAUUAAGUAUCAACUAGUGUACUGGCGGUGGGGGGGGUGGGGGGGCGGAGAAGGGGGGGGCAGCUAAGGGAGGGCUAAGACUAAAAUCAGUAAAUGUGUAUCUAAUCAGGCUUCAGGUACACUAACUGAAAUAGAGAAGAAAGAGCAGAUAUGGGGGAAGGAAUCUAAGGGAACAAUGGUACGGGGGGUAUGUUGUAUACAGCAUAAAAUAAAGUAUUUAAUAGUGUAUGGGGGAUACACUAUUAAAUACUUUAUUUUAUGCUGUAUACAACAUUUACCAGUUUUUAGAACCUAGUGUUCCGCCAUUUUGUAGUUGUCUAAUCUAUAGAAUAAAUGCCCAGGAUAGACUGCCACUAUCCUAAGUAUAAUAAGAGCAUUUCAUUUUCAUUUUGUGUUACUGAAUGGUUUCAUUGGUUGAUGUCCAAUUUGACACUUCCAUUAAAACUAUUGCUGCUGGGGUUCCCAUGGCUCUUCCUGCUCUGAGUAGAAUUUGUGCCUAAAAUGUAACUGCUUUGGGCCCAAAUCCCACUUUCCCUCUUUCCUAUCCUAAUUAUUAUUAUUAUUAUUAUUAUUAUUAUGAUAUUUAUAGAGCGCCGUCAAAUUCUGCAGCGCUUUACAAUGGGUGGACAAACAAACAUGUAGUUGUAACCAGACAAGUUGGACACACUGGAACAGAAGGGUUGAGGGCCCUGCUCAAUGAGCUUACAUGCUAGAGGGAGUGGGGUAAAAUGACAGAAAAAUGUAAGGAUAGUAUUAGACUAGUGACAGCUGCAGAAGAGGAAUCAGUCAGGAGCUAUUAACAGUUUAAUUGAUACGCUUUUAUGAAGAAGUGGGUUUUUAACUAUUUUUUGAAGGAGUGGAGACUGGGUGAGCAUCUAACAGAGGAGGGAAGCGAGUUCCACAGGAACGGUUCAGCCCUCAAGAAAUCUUGAAGGCGAGCAUCAGAGGUGGGAGUACGGACAGAAGAUAGACAUAAGUCUUCAGCAGAUCGUAAGGGCCUAGACGGGACAUACUUGUGUAUAAGGGAGGAUAGAUAGGUGGGAGCAGCAUUAUGUAGAUAUUUGAAAGCAAGAACUAGAAUUUUAAAUUGAGCUCUAUAUCUUAUAGGAAGCCAAUGUAAGGACUGACAGAAGGGUGAGGCAUGGGAGGUGCGGGCGGACAGGAAGAUGAGCCUCGCCGUCGCAUUCAUUAUGGACUGUAACGGCGCAAGUUGGGAGCACAUAAGACCACUGAGAAGCGGAUUACAGUAGUCAAGGCGAGAAAGGACAGUGGAAUGGACCAACACCUUAGUCGCAUCUGGCGUUAAGUAGGGGCGGAUGCGCGCAAUGUUUUUGAGAUGGAAAUGACAGGAUUUGGCGAUAGAUUGAACAUGAGGCUUGAAGGAGAGGUCGGAGUCAAAGAGAACACCUAGGCAGCGAGCCUGCGUGGUGGAGCUGAUGGUAGCACUGUUGACUUGGAGGGAGACAGACACACGAGUAACAACACUUGAGGGAGGAAAGACCAGAAGUUCAGUUUUGGUCAAGUUUAGUUUAAAGGACCACUCUAGGCACCCAGACCACUUCAGCUUAAUGAAGUGGUCUGGGUGCCAGGUCCUUCUAGGGUUAACCCAUUUUUUCAUAAACACAGCAGUUUCAGAGACAGCCACUAGAGGCGCUUGCGUGCUUCUCACUGUGAUUUUCACAGUGAGAGCAUGCAAGCGUCCAUAGGAAAGCAUUAUGAAUGCUUUCCUAUGUGACCGGCUGAAUGCGCGCGCAGCUCUUGCCGCGCGUGCACAUUCAGCCGACGGGGAGGAGAAGAGGAGGAUCGGAGGAGGGGAGCUCCCCGCCCAGCGUUGGAAAAAGGUAAGUUUUAACCAUUUUCCCCUUUCAAGAGCCAGGCAGGAGGGGGUCCCCUCAGGGCACUAUAGUGUCAGGAAAACAAGUAUGUUUUCCUGGCACUAUAGUGGUCCUUUAAGGAAGUGGGCAGCCAUCCAGUUAGAGACAGCAGAGAGGCAGUCAGAGACACUAGUCAAGAGGGACGGGGAGAGAUCAGGAGAGGACAGGUAGGUUUGUGUGUCAUCUGCGUAGAAAUGAUAUUGGAAGCCAAAGGAGGUAAUGAGUUUACCAAGGGAGGCAGUAUAGUUGGAGAACAGUAGGGGACCAAGGACUGAACCUUGGGGAACACCAACAGAGAGGAGUUGGGGAGAAGAAGCAGAGCCAGAGAAAGAAACACUGAAAGAGCUCUGGGAGGGGUAGGAGGAGCACCAGGAGAGAGCAAUAUCUUGUACACCGAUAUUGCGGAGGAUGAGAAGAAACUGUUGAUGAUCAACAGUGUCAAAAGCCGCAGACAGGUCAAGGAGAAUUAGGAUAGAGUAGUGACCACGAGAUUUUGCAGCAAGUAGAUCAUUGGAUACUUUGGUCAGUGCCGUUUCCACAGAGUGCUUAGCGCGGAAACCAGACUGAAGCUGGUCUAGCAGAGCGUUGGACUCGAGGAAGUCUGUCAAUCUCGCAUACACAAUUUUUUCAAGGAUCUUGGAUGCAAAAGGCAGUAGCGAGAUAGGACGAUAGUUGGAUGGGGAGUUGGAGUUAAGAUUGGGCUUCUUUAGAAUUGGGGUUACAGUUGUCUAAUGUCCCUCUUUUCUAGGAGCUCCAUAAUGUUGCUGUGUCUGCAUAUCUAACAGAGCUCCACAGCAAUAAUACUCCAAGUAAUGUGUCAUUAAACUACGAUAAAUGUGUUUAUAAAUUAGUCUAUAUAAAUAAGACACAUUGCCCUUGUUCUAAAUUACAUUGUAUAAACCUGUUAUUAGUAAGUCCCCUAUAAUUUCUUAGACCAACGAUGCCUGUGGCCGCACCCCCUCUCGUUGCUCAUAUGAAAUGUUGGGAGAUACUUUAUAAGUCUCCUUUGUCUGAUAGUAAUGAUGCUUGAGCUAUUAUAGCGGCUUUAGAAACGAUCUGAAGGGAGCUGAAGAAAAAGCUAUUAUUGGUCACACAUCGUUCAUCCAGAUAUUAUAAGAUUUAAUUAAAGCAAACAUUCUCUUCUCAAGACUGUAAUAUAAAGUUAUGAUACAUCUGAUCUUAUAUUCAUCUGUAUUGGACUCAGAACAAGUUACACUGUAUAUGGUCUCAGAUUGAGAUUGUAGAUCUCAUCAACUGAUAUCAUCAGCUCUGUAACAUGUACACAAGCCUGGCGUUCUAUUGAUUUCAUACUUUUUGAAAUGUUAAAUGUUUGAGAUUUUGUAGAACUGGGGCAGUGUAAAUGCAUCUCUUGCAGCAGAAUAAUAUCUUGUAUAACAGGGGAGCCUUGUAUAAUCUGUCCUUAAUUUGUUCACGAAAAUACAAAUGUUUCCAGUGAGUGCAGACAUGUUUGUAGUAGUUAUUCAAUGCACCACUUAGCCCGCUGCCUCCCAGUAUGAAGCUUCAGCUCACUGUUUGUUCUCUCGGGGAUUUAUAUAGCCGUGCUUUGUAUUUCUUACAUUAAGACUGAAAACAUAAAUUCAAACUGUAUGCCCAAGGGGUGUUUUUGUUGUUUUUUAAAUUCGUAAUUUUUCUGUUAAUAAAAAUGCCAUUUUCUGUACAUGGAGUUUUAUGUUGGAGUCUUAACCAGAAUAAAAUAAUCAUCUGUGUGUAAAAGGUUCCCAUGGAGUAAUAAAAUAUAACUUUGUCCUUGGGCGUCUGUCCAUUAUUUUCUAAACUUUAGGUAAAUAUACAUUAGAUCAGGUGAAUUAUUCUAUGAGUACUCUAGAACCGACUUCAAAUUUACUGGGGAUAAACUAUGUUGGCAGUGUAUUUGCCCUUUAAAGAUUGUAUAUUAAUAUAAUUUAAAAUUAUGGUAUAUGCUUACAAAUCUCUACAUAAUGCUGCUCCAACUUACCUAUCCUCACUGAUACACAAGUAUGUCCCGUCUAAAUUCCUACGCUCUGCCGAAGACCUAUGUCUAACCUCUGUUCGUACUCCUACCUCUGACGCCCACAUUCAAGACUUCUGUAGGGCUGCACCGUUCCUGUGGAACUCCCUUCACUGCUCCAUUAGACUCUCACCCAGUCCCAGUUCCUUCAAAAGAUCAUUAUAAACUCACUUAUUUAGGAAAGCAUAUCAAUACAACUGUUAACAGUCUCCCUCCCUGCACCUUGAUAACCCACCCUGCUUCCCGUCCUGUAACUGUGUCUUCCAAUAAACUAACCGUUCACUAUAAACUAUUCUAGUAACCUCCUUUUUCCUCUACAUAAAACACAUCCUUCCCUUAUCUCUUGUGUCACUUUACCCCACUCCCUCUAGAAUGUAUGCGUGUUUGUACCAGGGCCCUCAGCACCCUUUGUACCUGUGCGUCCAACUCGUCUUGUCUUGGCUUUAUAAAUAAUAAAAAUAAUAAUCAUAUAGGCUGCAAAAAAGUCUUGCAUCCAUCAAGUUCACCCGUCCUCACAUCUGGUUUUGACUGUUGCUCCUGAAUUUUAUUGAUUGGGGAAAAAAAUAACCAACUGUUUGAAGCAGCACCCUAAAUCAUGGUACCGUAUACUUAGUAUUGUUUAAGCUUUUUAUCUAUAGUAGCUAAAUACCAGUUUUAUGUGUCACAUGUUCAUCCUCACCUUGUGAUGUCCUUAAUGGCAAAUGCCUUUCUGGCAUUAACAGAGGUGCUACACAGCAGCCCUGUGCUGGUGUAUCUGACUCCUGCAGCAUAUUGAAAGACGCCGGCCACUGCGGAUCCAUUCCAAUUAGUAACUCCACGUCCGCAAAGGACGCGCACGCACAUUCUGGGGUCAAAGUCUGAAGGAGACUUCUUUAAACGCCUCUUUCCUUUUCCUCAUUGCUCUGUCAUGGUUUCCCUUAUUGGUUGUCCGAGAGUGUGUUCCCCAGCUUUUAUUUCUGAUUAUUGACUUUGGCUUUGUUUGACUUCCCUGUAUUCUGGUAUCCUUGACUUUUGGCUUUCCCUCAUCGUUGUGUCUCAUUAUGUGUCCUCGACCUUGGCAAGUAUUCUGACUAUUCUCUGGUACGUUGAGUCCGGCCAUUCUAAUGCCGGAAGGACAUUACCUUUAGUCCUAGGUGUGAUACAGUUCUACGUGCUGGAUCAGCUAGUAAUCCUGACAUUAUGUUAGUUGUAGACAUGCUCCUUUAUUGGAUAGAAAGAAAAAUCAUUUUAGCUAAAUGCAUCAAAUUGGAGAUUAUAUUUCAAAUAAUUUUGCAACGGAAGUUGGGAAGAAGAGCUUUGUGAAGUUUGGCUCGUUGUGUCUAUUAAUGAAUUGAAUGUAUCUUUAAAAAAAACACCUCUAGCCUCCACUCUGAAAAGGCUGUUUUUUCCCUCAUUCUUAAAGCAGUGUGAUCGCGCCAGCUAAAUGUAUUUUGUACGAUCUGCCAUCACAAGACUCCUUAAUCAUUGUUAUUUGACACACAUUUUACUGGCCUGUCUGAAAUGUCACCAUCGGUGCACAUGGAAUACACAUCUGAUGAUUGAGAAUAAAAUGGACUUUUCAAAGCAUUUCUCUACUGCAUUUUCUAAAUCUAAAAGUUUAUUGUAAUUAUUAUAAUCUGUCUGCAUUAUUGUACGAAGAAGGAAAAUACAAAGGACAGGAGUAUUCAUUUGAGACUUAAAUGUUAACUUCUGGGACUUUUCUGCUAAGACACAGUAACUAUAGAACUUAAAGCAAAAACACACUAUUGUAAAAAAAUAUUAUGCUAUACUACAAAAUCCAUAAAGAUUGAAAAAUUAUAUUUGUACUAAUACAGAUGUGAAUUUACCUGACUGAUGAUGCCGUGUUUACUAUCAAUGUUUUCUUUAUAUUCCAUAAUGCUUUUUUUGUCACAAUUAAACCCAAUCCGAAUGAUAUACAGGGUACCUGUGCAGAGUAUCGGAUUCAGCUGUAGAAGUACUUCUACAUUUUACAUAAAAAGACACCAAGGGUAGAGACAUAUAUUUUAAUUCUGGAAAACUAUUGGCUCUGGCUGAUGAAGUGGUCCUAUAAGAGUCCGUACAGAUGUUUAAACAACAACUCGAUGCAUAAUUGUAAAAACAUAAUAGUUAAAUAUUGAAUUUUUCAAUUAUAGAGAAAUAGCUUCUUGAUCCAAGGAGAUAUCUGACUGCGAUUCUAGGGUCAAGAUGGAUGUUUUUUUUUGGUUUGUUGCAAAAUUGGAAGUGUUUCAAACUAGGCUUUUUGUCUUUGUUUGGAUCAACAGCAAAAAACAAAUGUGAGGAAGGUUGAACUCGAGGGACACAUGUCUCUUUUCAGCCUAUGGAACUAUGUAACUAUAUGUGUUUUUUAUCACUGGAAUUGGCAAAAUACAAAUCUGCACUAAUCACUUGUAUAUUCAAGUUAAUACAGUAAUAUGCACAUUUACAUAAUAGGGUCUGAUUUUCUGAAUUCCUGUCAUCGCUAUGACAACUAGGUUGGGAGUUUUGUAUAAACGAAAACCAAACAUGGUGCGUCAGUCUUGAGUGGUCCAAAUACAGGAUAUGACGUGUGUAGCAGUUACUGAAACUCCUGGUUAUAUGGUCUUCUAACGAUCCAUUGAAACUCUUGAUUUGUAAAAGAUAAAUAUGAAUUUGUUGACUUUUUCACUCAAUGCUUUGAGGCCAUCUACAAUGUAUGAUUUAGAUUAGGUUACUCGGUGGGAUUCCAAAAAGUUUUUUGACAAAGAUCUUGACAAAGUUGCCAUUAAAUGUGUUAAUGACAUAAUUUGCAAAAACAAUAUAGCUGUAUUAUGGAGUAUUACAUUGUUAAAAACACAAUGCUUUGUGCAGUUUCUUUCUAUGUCAUAUGGUUCAUUUAAGACUACGUUAAGAGGCUGUAGAACUUCAUUCCGACCGAUAAGAAACUUGCGUAUUGCUGCUAUUAUCGUAAGAUAGUUUGAAUGGGACCAUAAUGUCUCCAUGAUAAUGGUAUCUGGAAGAACUUGUGUUUGAAUUUAAACUCUAUUGAUCCAAACCUAAGCCAGAUAUUAAUUUGUUUUAGAAAACAUCUGAAAACAACAGUAACUAAUAGAAUGCAUGAUAUCUGAUUCUAGUAUCUGCAUGAAAAUGGGAUUGUCCACCGAGAUUUGAAGCCAGAAAAUCUUCUUUAUGCUACUCCUGCACCGGAUGCUUGCCUCAAAAUCGGUAUGUACCAAGCCAUAAGAUUUCAGUGAAAUGCCAUUUAAAUUCUUAGUCCAGUUACUAAAUCUGACACAUCUUGAUAUGCUUUUAAAAUGAUUUAUCCUUUUUAUAUUUUUUUAUAUAUUGAGAUUUCAUAUUUUUGGAUGUGCUUUUUAAAUUAUUUUUAAAUUAUUUAAUAUUCUAGGAUGCAUUUUUAAUUUAAAAAACAAAAAACAAACAAUAAAAUAUAAAAAAAUCCUACUUUUAAAAAUGUAUCCAAAAAUAUUAGAUCAUUUGAAAAGCGUAUCCAAAAAUAUUAAAUCAAGGCCAUAGUGAGGUAGCAGGGGCUCCAUGCCAAAAACAUCGGCCACCCCCUCCCCCCUAGUUUUGCAUCCUGUGCAGCUAUGUCUAGUGCCACACUCUAUGAGAGGUAUGUCCCAUGCCUGCAUUCCAAUGAUUUUUAUUAAUGUAAGACUGCUGUGGAAAUUAUUGCAAAAAAUAGAUCUACCCCUCCAAAAGAAAUUAUUUAUAGGCCCCAAACACUGGAACUCUGAGGUUCCAAAAGUAUCCUAGUAACAAGUUCGAUCAUUUGAUGUCUCAAAAACUCUCUUGCCUAUGGGAAAAUGGGUACCACUAAAACAUUACCAGGGCUAAUACUGAAUAGAGUGUACUCCAUAACAAAUCCAAACGGAGAGACACAGAGUAUUCAAAGAACCAAUGUCCUAGCACUCUACAAAAAUAAAUACAGUCUAAUACUGAAAAUGUAUUUUGCUGAAUUUAGAACAGUGUACACUAAUUACUUUAGCACUGAACAGGAAAGAAAUGUUCCCUAAUUGUAGAAGCCUGCACUUGGAGAGAAUGUCAUAUCUCAUGACAGAUGAGUGAGGGCAGUAAAUAAUGGAAGCAGAUGUAGGGAUAAUGCUCAUUUCUAAGGACGUGGAUUGGUAUUUUUUUUUUCUCUUCAUUUCUAUGAGAACUUAAAACCACACGAACGAUCACAAAUGACUAAUUGUCUAUCGAAGCCUCCAGAACACAAUUAUUACAACAUCCUGCGUUCAUGAGAUGGGGAACUCAAUCUAUGGAGACCCAAUGACUUCAACAACAGAUAAAUUAUUGUUUUAUUUCUAAGCUUACACGGUUCUUAUUUAUGAAAUUAUUGAAAAGAUUUUGUUUAUUUUAGAGGCAGAUUAUUUGGGUUUCAACUAAUAUAUAUUUAUUUAGUGUUUGACUUGGGUUAUAUUUAUUAUGGAGUUUAAUCACUGAACGUCAAAUUGUAUUGCAUUAUUAAACAAAUUUCUGAAUUUUGGUAAAAAAUAAACUGAUUUUGGAAAAAAAAAAUCAACCAACUCAAUAGUAGUCGCAAUUAUCUUACCCUUAAUUUAGCAAUUUUGUGUUUACUUCACUUAUAUUCAGUGUUCAGCGGCUAUUUCUCAGCUAAUCAAUAAUAAAAUAUCAUGACCAUAAAUUGCAAAAGUUCUCCGGAUCAGUCACCUCAAAUAUUUGUCUACCUGGUAUUAUCUACCCUCCCCCAUCUUCGAUAAUAGCAGACGUCUCUGGAGAGCUGUACUGACAGAACCCUUGAUACUUCAAUUUAUCGCUUCCCUUUCCUAUUAUUAUAUAUUUUUCUCUCCCUUUUCUUUCCUGCACUCUCCCUUUUUCAUCUCUUUUUUUUUACUUCCCCUCAACUCUCAACCUAUUUUAUGUUGUUUAUAAACUUUUUCAGAGACAAUGUGUUUUCAAUAGUGAUGUCGCGCACUUGCCGCGAACGGUUCGCCACGGUUCGCUGCCUUCAACAUGGAUGCUGUCCAGGAAGUAGGAGAGUCUGGGAGGGAGGGUCUGCCGGAGAUUGACAGGGAUGUGUCAGCUGACCGGAGUUCGCCACGAACGGUUCGACACGAACCACAGCGAACCGUUCGCGGCAAGUUCGCGAACCGUUCGCGACAUCACUAGUUUUCAAUUUCAAUAUUUUACUGCUUGCUUUUGAUAUUUCUUAAUUUUUUUUUAUGGAAAAAAAAGUAAUAAACAAAGAUUUAAAAAAAAAAAAGAAAUGAAAAAUAUAUCUGAAACUCGCUAUCUGUGAAUACUUGUUAUUUUUUUGUUGCUCUUAGUAUUUUACACAAGUCACCCAUUCGAGUAAUGGCUAUUGAAUAAUUAUUGUCGGAUGUCAUGUUUCCAUGAAAUAUAGAACAAUUACAGCAAAAUAUAAUCUUUCUAAAUUUAUUAAUUUUUGUUCAUGUUUUUCAGCUGAUUUCGGUUUGUCUAAGAUUGUCGAUGAUCAAGUGACAAUGAAGACUGUAUGUGGUACUCCAGGGUAUUGUGGUAAGAGUCAGCAAUGUUUGCAGAAACCGAAAAAAAUUGUAUAAAUAUUUUAUUUCUUCUUUAAAGUGCGACUCUCUCAUUUUAUGCUAUAUGGCUUAAUAAUUAAUUCCCUCCAGAAUAUUAAGGCUUUUAGAUUUUCAUAUAAAAUUAUUUAUAAAGCAUGAUUUAAGCUUCCAGACCUUUUGCCUUGCAAUUUCUUUUUAAAACAUCUUUGAACAUCUUGGAGUACGUCACCUUGUAUUAAUAUAUAAGAACUGUGUGUGGUGGCGGGGAAAUAGAUUAAUUUAAUUGGAUAGAUCAGGUUUUAGGAUUCAAUACUUUCAAUUAUUUUUCAGCAUGAUAAUUGUUGUCUGGCUUUCAAUAUUGAAAUAUUUUGUUUCUUUUGAAUUUCUUUUUUUCUAUGACACUUUUUCCUUAGAGAUUUGAUCAAUAAACUAGAAAAGGUGGAAAAUUGAGGAAAUUAAAAUCAUAUUUUUGCUUUCUGUUUUUUUUUUUUUUUUCAUUUUUUUUAUCCCCUAACAUUUCACAAAAAAAUGUUUGGAAUAAUCUAAAUAUUCCCUAGAUUCCCUUGUGAUUCCCUUGAGAUUAAUGGCUAGAUAAAUCUGUAACCUACAGAGUGCUUUGUUGCAAGACAGACAAUUCUACGAGAUACACUACUUUGAACUUUUAUUGCUUUUGUAGUUUUGAUAUGCUUUUGUGAUGACGGACAUUAGAAAAGACAGAAAGAUGUUUUUGGUCCAGAAGAGGGAAUGGCUCAUACAAGGGUAUCACUCCACACUUGUAAGCAAAAUAUAUAUCCUGUGAUCUCAACAUGUAUACAACAGUGGGUAACGUUACACCUCAGCUGUUUCCAAACUAUAUUUGCCAGGAUGCUCAGCCUGUCUUAAGAGGAUAGCUCACCUCUUAUCUGAUGGUGGAAUGAUUGCCCAAUAAAUUACUGGAAAUGAGGCGGCUCUUUUUCAUGAACUUCUCUGAGUAACAUAAUAAGAUGAUAAUUCCAGUAUAAGACUACCGGCCAUGGUCGCAUCCUUUCACACUCUCUUCCCCUCCCAAUUAAUGGCAUCCACCAUCGUCCUCAGGUACCAAGUCGCUCAUUGAGUGGUAUUUCUAUUCAAUAUUGUAACAUGUACGUCUUUAGUUGACACAAUUAUGACACAUCAAGUUUUCACAAUUUUUGUCAUAGUCUGUAUUUGCCUAAUAAUGCCUUUUGGAUUCUGACAGAUCUCCUGGUUAUGGUUUGUAUGGUAUACCCUUGGCUACUGUUCUUUAUUGUCCUUACUUGGUUUAGGUAUAAAAUUAGCAUCCAUUUUUAUGUUUUGAUCUCAGCUUUUUCAUAAUUAUCUGAAUGACUGCGCUUUUCACUCCUCUGGGGUACCCACGUUACCUCCAACCUCUCUAAUGAUCCUUAAUACCUAUCUAUCUUUCAUUUGUUUUUCUUGGUUUGACUUCGUCUCUGUAAGAGACCAUUGUGACCAUUACCUUUUAAAACUUUCCAAACUCCCAACGUGUUUCAAAAAGUCUUAUGAACUAAAAGGAAGAAAAAUGUCAUGAUGACCCAAAAGUCUUCUCACAAAAUAUCUUCAAAGUUAGGUUCAGCAAGAACCACCUUAUUCUGACCACCUUAUAGAAUACUGUGUCCUUGCCAUUUAUUACGUACUGUGAUUUUCACAAGGAACCAAGCAUUAACAUUGCAAUGUCCCUCUAAAUAUCAUGUAAGUAUCUCACCCUGUAUUAUUUAUUACUUUGGGUGGGUGUGCCAGCCUUUAAAUGUAUAUCGAUUAGGAACCCCUGAUUUUGUCUGGUCUGGUAUGUUGGAAUUGAUUAUACUUUCCUCCUACUUAUAUCACCUGUAGUUGUUAAUUCUCAAGCAUGCCAGUGUUAGAAGGAUCUACAAUCUACAAGAAGAACCAGACUGGUCAUCUGUCUACUGAAAUGGAUCUCAUGUUCUCUUCUUCUCCUGUAUGUGUUUCGGUCCUAUAAAGCCAUUUGAACCCAAAAUAUAAAAUGUUUUGUGUUCACUACUGAAAGAUUUACUCUGUCUUCCAAUAGAGAUUUUCUGUCUGCACUCGUCUUGUUUGCAUUCUCUAAGGUCUUCAUUGUCAGUGCGUCAGGACAGUGCGUCCUGGAAAAAUUACAGCUUGUUGCAUAUAUGUUGGUCUUGCACUGUUUCCUCUGUGGUCAUAAUGCAGUCACACCAAUCAACCAUCUGGUACCUUCAGAGUUGGCCUCAUUGGCACAUUAUCCUCAUCUAUUGCCUACUGUCUUGACUGGUUCCUUCACUUGGUAUGGUUAUAGCUUGCAUAAAUUAUAUUACAUUUUGGGAAAGAAUGUCUCAGAAGAUUGGAUAUAAACUCAAAACGUGGCAAAUCCUGCUCUGAUGCUGUUUUUAAAAAAAAAAAUGUUUUCUCUAUUUUAUACCACAUCCCCUUGAGGCAAAAAACUUUCAAAAAAAAUACCCCACAGAAACUAGUCUAAGAAUUAGAGGGAAAUUGAAGUAAAACCAUCAGCACGUGCUUUGAGUCAGUUAGACUUGAUUGGCAUCACAGGAGAAGAGCAGGAGACCUGGACUUUACAUACAACCUACAGCAGCCUGAUGAGGAAGCCAAGAUCUUCAGCUGAAGCUAGAAGAUAACAAAAAAUUUUCAUUUUUAAAAUGUCCCCAGCUCAGCUACAGGCACAGCAAUUUACGACAAUUUGCUAUUUAGCGAAUAAUUCUGUAAUUGAUGGCCAAAUAGACUUCUUUUUUUUUUUUUUCUUUUUUUUUUUUCAAUCACCAAUGAGUUACUGACUUCACUUGUUUCUGUUUCCUGGCUUGUAUUAUUUAUUCCCGUCAGAGAAAUGCUGAUAUAAUUUUGUUAAGCCCAAGAUAAUUUAAUAUUUUUUUCUCUUUGUUAAAUAGAACAGAUCAUACAGUAUUAUCCCGAGAAGUGGAUUUUAUAAUGAGUGCAUUGCUCAGUCACAGCAAUUGUUAGCGUGACUUAUAUUAGAGUUUUAAAUCACUGAGAGAUUACAAGUACAUGCAGAGGACAAAUACAGUCUGCUUUGACAGUGCUCGUUUAAUGAAGCUCUCUUCAAAUUUCCUGUCUUAUCAGGCUCGUCUACUGCUGGGGAAAAUGCACUGACAGGAUUAUUUACCAAAGUGAAAUUUGAAAGUCAAUUUCAUUUUUAAGGCCAGACAGCUAAACUUAAAAAAUUCCCAGUACAACUACCUUGGCCUUAAAUGUGAAAUUUACUUUGAAUUCUCAGUUUAGUGAAUAGUAAAUAGCCUGGUUAUAACUUGUCUCAUGGUCAGGUCACUCACUAAAGUGUGUAGUUUCAGGAAUUCAAAGUAAGUUACAUAGUUACAUUACAUAGUUACAUAGUUACAUAGCUGAAAAGAUACUUGCGUCCAUCAAGUUCAGCCUUCCUCACAAAUGUUGUUGCUGUUGAUCCAAAAGAAGGCAAAAAAAACCAGUUUGAAGCACAAUUUUGCAACAAGCUUGGAAAAAAUGCCUUAUUGACACCAGAAUGGCAGUCAGAUUUAUCCUUGGAUCAAGCAGUUAUUGCCCUACAUUGAAAGAUUAUAUCCUUGAAUAUUCUGUUUUUGCAAGUAUGCAUCUAGUAGCUGUUUGAACAUCUGUAUGGACUCUGAUAAAACCACUUCUUCAGGCAGAGAAUUCCACAUCCUGAUUGUUCUUACAGUAAAAAAACCUUUCCUUUGCCUUAGACGAAAUCUUCUUUCUUCCAGUCUAAACGCAUGGCCUCGUGUCCUAUGUAAGUAAAGUCCGGUUUGUGAAUAGAUUUCCACACAAUGGUUUGUAUUGGCCCCGAAUAUAUUUGUAUAAUGUUAUCAUAUCCCCUCUCAGGCGACGUUUUUCUAAACUAAAUAGGUUUAAAUUUGUUAACCUUUCUUCAUAGCUGAUAUGUUCCAUUCCUUUUAUUGAUUUCAGUCAAAAGUAUCUAAACCUAAGAACAUAGCUGGCUUGGAUAGUUUGUCCAAGUUGUCCAUUUUAGGGUAAAAUGUGAAAUUCACUUCUAAUUCACUUUGCAUUCCUAACAGUUUCAAUCCUCAUGGACUCUUUACUAAAGCAGGAACUGACAUGAAAAUUAGACCUUUUAGGUUAAAACUGUUAAAAUCGGAAAACUAUCAAAUUUGGGCUUGAGCACAAUCGAUCAUUUCUGCACAAGUCUGGCCGUUAUGGUGGCUCUGUCACAUCAAACUUGCCUUUCCUCGAUUGGUUCUUCUUUCCUUCCUACCUGUCAGUCUGUUCUUUGUUUCUUCUUAUCUCUUCCAUUUUUCUUUAAAAAACCACAAAGCAAAGUAGGGACUAUACAGAAAGGACUGCUUCACUUUAUGUACUUUCCUCCACUUGACAAAACAUGACCUUAAGCUUAAGGCAAGCUUCACUUUAUCAAGUUAUAUUUACCCAUAAGGCUCACCUGUCCUCCACGUCCCAAAGCGUCAAACAUGCGAGUCUGCGCAUGCUCAUCUUGCGACUAUUUGAUGCAAAUUGGAGCAUGCGCGAGAAUUGAGAAAUGUCAGACAAUGGUCCAAAAUCACUCCCAGAUGGUGAAAAAUGGCUGCAUCUGGAAUAAAGACCCGACAGAAAAGAAAAGACAUAUUGCCAGGACAGGGACGGUAUAUUCCCGGGAUAGUGUAGAGGUGGAUAAAAUAAAAAAAUCACAGACUGUAAUAGAGCCGCCUUAUUGAUGCUCAUGUGAUUACAAUACCAUCAUUCUAAUUAUUUUCCACUGCACAAGAAUUGUGAUAUCUUAUGUGACCACUGACCACUUUUGAGCAGUUUGACAUCACUUAGAAUCCUCAAUAUAAUAUUCACAUUGAUAACUUGACAUUUAUUUUCCUUAAUUUAAAUAAAGCUAAAGUGCAAUUUACAUUAUUAUUUAUGGUUGAAGCCCAGUCUUGAUUGUAACAGAUAUGUAACUAGGUGCCUUUCUCGAUAUGAUAAAUAACGCUCUUAAGAACAAUGGAGACAGACAUUUAUCAAAGUGAGCUUAUUAGUUCAAAGCCAUUACUUGUUGUUACAAUCUUAAUCACACACAUAUCUUUUAUCCCAUUAGUAUCCAUCUUGAUCUUUGAUCUUAAUGUAUUACUUACCCAUAAUUAUCAAAGCAACUCACACAACUUGUAUCCUUCAAAUAUAGAAGCUGCAGUUUCUAAAACCCUUAUUUAAUGCUAACGGUGCCAUAUGUGCAGGCCCGGAGUUUUACUUGCAAUAAACUGAUUCAAUGUAUUACAGUUAUUCACAAGUAGUUGUUAAAUACAUUAUAAGUCAGGCCUUUUGAAGUCAGAAGAACCCAUCUGCCAACUGUGUUUCUUUGUUUCAUUGUUUUUUUCAAUUUUUUUACAUUUAUUUCUUUACAUAUAGUUGAUUAAUAUAUAUAUAUUUUUUUAUUUACCAAAGGAGCCUAUUAAGAAACAACCAGUAACCUCUCUGUAUUUUUACAGCUCAGGGUAAUGGUUAUGGUGUCAAAAGUCCCCCAGCUUUUUGUCAAACCAUGCGAGUGGCACCUGGAGACUGCUCCUCCUUCAGCCACUUCCACAUUGUCAGUCUCAUUCCUGUCCAUCCUGAACGUCAGUGAUAAGCUGAGAUCACUGGGGUAGGAUGUACUGAAUUUUUAGGAAAGUUAUUUUCUGUAGCAAUAUAAAUAUAUUCAAACAUUGUGUAACUAGUUGUCUUGAGCCCUGCUGCACACCUAACAGCACAAAAUAACCAGUUACUAAUAGCUGGCUCCGACCCUGACCAGCUAACACAUGGUAAAACUAUACUGAUCUUGAUAUGUUUUUUUCUUUUUAGUUAUAGAUAUUUUAAUCUUUUUUUUUUCUUCUUCUUGUAUUCCAGCUCCUGAAAUUCUCAGAGGCUGCGCUUAUGGUCCUGAAGUGGACAUGUGGUCUGUGGGCAUAAUAACCUACAUAUUGUAAGUAUAGAUCCAUUAAAAAAAGACAUUUAUGUAGUGGUUUUUCAAAAAUUCUUUCAAGGAAAGAAGAAAGCAGAACUGGCAAAGAUGGCAAGGGGUGACUUCUGCCAUGGAUUAAAAUAGCAGUAUGUCUUUUGGGAUGUCUGUUGGCACAGUACUUCAGGAGUAAGACAGCUGGCUGGAAUUGGGCAUGAGGUGUAUUGCUGGAGGCCCAAUCAAUGCACUCGAGGCCUGGCCCAGUUGGAUAUUCAUGGUGGACUGCAGUAUCUGAGUUUGUUAGCACAAGCUUCUAGAACAUGAGGUCAAGCUUCUAGAACAUGAUGUCAGGCUUCUAGAACAUGAUGUCAGGCUUCGAGAACAUGAUGUCAGGCUUCGAGAACAUGAUGUCAGGCUUCGAGAACAUGAUAUCAGGCUUCGAGAACGUGAUGUGUAUGUUCUAGAAGGUGUUACCAGGGGCAGGUAAUACAGUGCUCACAGUAUUGUUAUUGGUGGCAUUAGAAUCGGUCUCUCAUAGACGUGCAUAGAUCUCUAUGAAUACGUGUACAGGUCAUUCUGAUAAUGGUUACAGGGAUAGAUGAUGUCACACCGUCCAAUUCACAAAGAAAUGUCAUGGCUAAGAGACAUAAAUGUUAUUAGUACUGUCUCUUUCUGUCCAGGGGUCACUUGUAACAAUCUCCUGCAUACCACCCAACGGUGCCACCAGAAUAAUGGACAUGUCAGUGGUGUGUGAAUGCACACCAGGCCUACCCCAUUAAUGACUGAGCAAGCGGAAAUUGCUGUUAUGGAAAUCUGUGCAAAAAGCAGGGAUAGGCAACCUUUGGCACUACAACUGUUGAGAACUACAUCUCCCAUGAUGCACUUACAGUCAUAAUGCUGGCAAAGCAUUAGGGGAGAUGUAGUCCACAACUCAGCAUGGCGGGAUAGUUAUUUUAAUGGUCAAAUGAAUGGUACUAUGAGGCUACAGACCACAACCACUGUAUGCAAGUAGCCCAGAGGGCAGUCACCUCACUGCCCCCUUUCAGUCUUCUCAUGCAUAUCACCCAACUCAUAAAUGGAUCAAUGAUAAUAAUCAUCUUAAAUUAUUAUUUGUUUUUAAGUGUUGAAAGGAGUAUUAAUCGCUCUUUAGAAUUGCUACUUCUUUGCUUCAGGUUCCAUUACCAACAUGAGGUAACUAAGAUAAAUAAGGAAUGUCUUAAAGGAACACUUCAGACACAUAAUGCAGUUAAACUUUCUGCCAUGUUUGUAUCAGUUUAUAAAAGUGACAAUUUCAAUAGAAAUCAGCACCUUUAUAAAUUGGGGGCAGAAACACCCAUCUGGCUGUCACUGAGGAGUGGAGGAGGAAGUUUUAUUCCAAGUCCUUUAGCUCCACAGAGCUAACGAAAGCAGCAGAUACAUUAGGACAGAGCGCUCGUGGCUCCAGCACAGAGGGUUCUCAGUGUGAAGGCUCUGAUUGGACAGAAACAGAGGGUUCUCAGUGUGAAGGCUCUGAUUGGACAGAAAGUGAGGGAUUGCAGUGGUUGCAGACUGCAAGCUAUUAUUUUUUUAUACCUCCAAAGAAAACAUGCAGAAAAAUUACAUUUACUAAACUGUUGAAAAAAAUUUAACUAAAUUCGGCAGUGUGCUCCUUUAAAUAACGUGGGUGAUGCUAGAUUCAGAAUUUUAAAAAAAACUGGGUACUAUAAUUACUUACCUUUGCUGAUUUGACCUAAUUUCCAGAAAAUAUACAUACAUGCAUGUUCAUUUUUUCAGAACAUUUCUUUUUACUGUUUUCACUAUUAGCUAGUUUCAAAGCACGUCUGGAACCAUCUGUUUGAUUAAUUUUAUCUACUUCCAGAUAUUGUUUGCUUCCUUUUUAUUCUUCAUCCCAUUCCGUAAUUGUAUUCAUUGGCUAAAAGCUUCCUUUCCCCAUAAAAUAUGAUAACAAUAUGCAGUAAUAAAUAAAACAGUGAGAAAUUGUAAUGUUUGUCUCAAACACCUGCCAUGUAACAAACUAACAGGAGGAUUGCAGUAUGCAGAUACCUUUUAAUGGAAUAACAAUACAAAUUGAAAGACACGUUUCAGAGACUUUCUUCUUCUCUUUAAGUAAGGAUAUAAACUAACCAGGUUAUACACUUAACACCAGAAUUUGUGACGAUGUAAAAAUCCUGGUGAAAGAUGACCGAAUUCCAACCACAGUAGCAAUUCUCAUAUUUACUGCAGCAAUCGUCUGGUUGCAUUCGGUGUCCAGAUUAAAUUCAGUGCUUUCCAACCCGAAUCCUAUACAAAGUAUAGGAUUCAGAAUAUUCACAAAGCUCCGGUUUAAAACUAAAGAGGGACGAAUGCAUCCAGUGUGGGGCCUAAUAAAAAUAAUCAUGCACUUUGUUCCCCCCUGCCCCCACCUAUUUGCGGCAGGUAGGGAACAUAAUAUUAAUAUUUGGAUGGAGUAGGCUAGCCCCUACCCUUGGGUAGUGGGUAGGAGUUCUAAUUAAUAGAACAUAAUAUUAUUAUCUGGGGGAAGUAGGCCAGCCCCUACCCUUGGGUAGUGGGUAGGGGUUCUAAUUAAUUAACAACAGGGUGGGGUUGCACAAUAGAAUGUCCACUCCUACAUUGUUUAAUUAAUUAGUGCUCCCACUCGCUGAGGGUUUGGGGGUGGGUGGGGAUAGUAGGCCCUCUCUCCUAAUACUAAUAGUGCCCCAACCCACCAUCAAUGGGUGAGAUUCAGGGAUAGGACACUAUAUUCCCCCCUUAUUAUGUAAUAGCCCUCAGUCACUGUUGGGGGACACAUUAGGUGGGUGGACAAUGUCCCUCUCCGUUAUUUCACAGGCUGCCCAGUCGCUAAUUUUAGCCAUUUAUUAAAUAUGCCCUCACCUGCCACAUGGCACAUAGCAGGUGAGGCAAUAGGAAGGUUUUAAACCUUACUUAUAGUAAUAUGGGGGUCUUAUUGACCACCAAAGGCUUUAUUUAUUUAUUUUUAACUAUUUUAGAUGGCUGGAAAGCAGCCAGUGGGCAAAUUUAAAAAAAAAAUUUUUUAAAUCCGAACUCAGAUUUGAAGUCUCUACGCCCAGAUUUGAUGCAUGCUGUCCUCUGACCAAACUCCGGUCGCAUUUGGGGCCUUAUUUGCAAAAUCUGUACGUUAUUAAAUAGCCUGAACAAUGUCCGGAAUUUGCAGUUCAAAUUGCACCGUAUGCAGCCAGAUUGUUUUGCCCCAUUCAUUACCAGUCCAUUUGGACUUGAGUGAAUAGCCCUGAAUAAAAUAUACCGUACAUCUUGUAUACAUCUAAUUCCAGCACACUGUAUUGUUCACACUAACACUUUGCGUUAGAAGGAAGCAUGCAGAGACCCUGUGUCAAAGUGAGUUGGGAAGACUCCACUAAUUUUUUUACAUCAUUGACCACUGACUACAAUAUUGGGGCAAGAGUAUAAAGUAUCCAUUCAUGAUCAUUUAACAAGGAUAACCGGGUGUGAAAAUAGGAUGUGUCAUUUUUUUCAGAUAUCCCUAUUUAAUACCAGGUUUGGGGAAUCCCUACAUAUAUGUCUUUAAGUAUUUUUCUUUAGCAGUUUACCUGCUCAGUGCUGUCAGUUGACGUACUGAGAGUCUGGAGAUGGUUACAAGUCAGUGCUUACUGACUACACCCAUGGCAGUCUGGUGGAAUAAGUGAUUUGCGUUUGGUGAAAAUUCCACCCGGAUAUUUUUUUUACGAAGACCUCAUGCAAGCCAUAUACAUUGUCAGUGUAAAUCGAAAUUUGUGAAUGGACUCCUUCAGUAUCAGUAAAUAACAUUUGAAGAAUUUAUUUCUGUCUACACUGUGGAACAAGUGGUGUGUUUUCUUCCCAAAUCUUGUGCUUGCUAAAGUAGACUGAUCAUUAAUUAUUUACAUAAAUUCUUCAAUUCUCACCAAUAGUAACAAACCAAAUAAUGUGAUCAUGGAGGCUGUAAGAAAUGAGACAUAGAGACAUCUUGGAGAAGAACAUAGGCACAAAAGCUCGCUGUAGUAGUUAUAGUGGCAGGAGUACCUUGAUAUCGUUUCAGAGUAAGUUGUAAAACUGUUGAAGAACUUACCACUACUUCCCCAGUAUAAACAGUAUUGACACAUCUUAAUGAGACAAGUUUUUAUUGUUUUGGGGGGAUGGGGAGGGGGGAGUUAUUGAUUGAUAUUGAAUGGUUCAUUCACUAAACUGUCAUUUGAGAUGGAAUCACUGCAAAAUAUGGAUCAAAAUCAUCUAGUUAGCAAAAAAGUUAACUUUAGAUGAGUUAAUAUAUCACUCAAAUCACUUCUGAACUAAAAACAUCUCACUGUAUAAUGUCACGAGAAUGGUUUCACUGUUUAGUGAACAGACUCUUGUUUAAAGCCCCCAAAUGAGAGCGUAAGAGCUGGUCUCGGGUAGAUGGAGCACACAUUGUGUAGUCCUCAGCUAUUGUGGUUUUCCAGCAGUAGAAGUUUAAUUAAAAUUAUACAAUAGUGCAAUACAGUAUUGAUAAAAAAGCUUGAAAAGUAAAAUACAAGAGUGGUGUCACUCACAAGCCUGGCGUCAUACCCUCAUAUGACUCGGAUAGUAUGCGCCUUUGGACCAUUCCAGGACGUCCAGAUCCUUCUUCUCCAGAGUGUUCUGUGCUUUAUUAAGCCUUAACCGGCUCAAAAAUAUGCAGAUGCCAGGUCAAAGAGAUUACUUUAAGAAAAAGUGCUUUAUUGAUCCAAAUAAAAAUUCCACAAUAUAAAAACAAUAAAAGUGUACCAGAUAAGCUUCUGGAUAGGCUGUAUAGUCCGUAACAGUGUCCAAAACAUAAUAAACAUAUGAAUAGUUGCAACAAAAAUUAUAAUUAAAAUUAUACGUACCGGCACUCUUUCACCUAUAUUUGGUGCAAAGUAUCAGGGUGGCCCAAUACCUAAUAAUGUAAACUACCAAAAAUGAUACUGCACUCCAAACAUUUUGGAAGGAAAGAAGGAAAGAAGGAAAGAAGGAAAGAAGGAAAGAAGGAAAAAAUAAAUAAAAUUAUUUGGUAUAUACACACUAGAAUCAAACAAUAUAUCCAAAUGGGAACAAUUCAUUGCAAGACUAUAUACAUAACUCCAUGUUGCUAAAAAAGCCUAAUCACAGAUUUAUAUUGUCCAGAUGAUGCUGUUUAAAUAGUAUCCAAGAGUCCAGAGGUCCCAUCCCAAAAAAGGGAAAAGGGAAAAAAAGGGAAAAAGAAAAAAAGAGAAAAAAAAAUGUUGAAAAAAUAAAAAUGCAAUACAAAGAAAAAAAGAGGUAUAUACAGUCCCAGUGUGCACACUAUAAUAUAUGGGUGGAUCUCACCAUAUUUUCCAAGGUUGUAAGUCCUAUUAUGAAUUAUACAUUUUUAUUAUAGUGGAUCCCAGUAGUUUUCCUUGUGUUGUGUAUAAGUGUGUGCUGAAGGAAAUCCUCCUGCCUUCCUGAGGGUACUGGACUCUUGUCUCUAGUCUGUAAAAAUCCGGGUCUUCGUGAUGGGCUGCGCGCUCGGGCCCUGGAACAUCCCUUCAAUGGCCCUAUCGAAGAUAAAAAGAUAUUGAAAUAUCUCACUUAUAUGCUUCAUGGCGCGUGAGAUAUUUCAAUAUCUUUUUAUCUUCGAUAGGGCCAUUGAAGGGAUGUUCCAGGGCCCGAGCGCGCAGCCCAUCACGAAGACCCGAAAUUUACAGACUAGAGACAAAAGUUGUAUUUUACUUUUCAAGCUUUUUUUUAUCAAUACUGUAUUGCACUAUUGUUGUAUAAUUUUAUUUUACAGAAUAUCUGUUGAACUAUUAUUCAGAAGCUCCAUCUUUUGUAUGUAUGCACAUUAUCUAUUUUUAAGUGGUAAAGGGGAUACCACUUUAAGGUGUUAGAGCUUCUUGUUCACCCUUAUCCAUAUUGUGCACAUAUCUCUUUGUAUUAGAAGUUUAAUUAAAGCUAAGAUGUCAAGGGAAUGUUACAUCAAAACAGUUCAUGCAUGUAGCAACACGAAAUUAAAUCUUACUUACUGUAACCCUCUAGACCCUGAGGUUAAAGGUCCACAGAACAGACAGCAGGAAGAGAUAUAUUAACAUCUUAUAUCAACUUAAUGAGAAUUAAACAGAAUAUUUCUCUAUAUCAGUAUUUCCAGAUAAAGAAACAAGUAAUAGCUGGGUUCAGGGUUACAACAUUUUAUCAAUUUAUUUUUAUAUCUGUUUUCAAGUCACACCGCAUAAAAUAUUGUAACUUUUAUUAAAAAAUGGAUUCGAAAAUGAGACUUAUAAAUUGAGAUCACGUUUGGGGACUUGGACUCAGUUUUGAAUUUUUAUCUCAUAAAAUAAAAUAGUUAAAUUAAUGAUUUCUUCUAAAGACGUGUUUCAUUUAUAUCCCCAAUUGUCAUUAACGGUCCCUACGGCCAUAUCCAUGAGACAGCCAGUGUUGACUCCUUUAUGAGCUGGACACUAAGUAUCACUGCUGUACGUCAGUAUUUUAUCGUCAACUGUGUCAAUCUGUUUCCAUGCAGGCUUUGUGGCUUUGAACCUUUCUACGAUGAGCGGGGGGAUCAAUACAUGUUUAAAAGAAUUCUUAACUGUCAUUAUGACUUUGUCUCCCCCUGGUGGGACGAUGUAUCUUUGAACGCCAAGGACUUGGUGAGUAGAUGUUUCUUUCCUGAAAUCACUUUUAUUGUUAUUGGGGUAAAAUGUACACAGCACUGAUCACUGUAAGGUGACUUUAGGUGACUUUAUAUUGACUAAAAUAGCCAUAGAAAAAAUAAACACCCGAUCUUAUUUCCACUAUAGCUCUAUUUCUUAUACAAUACUAGUCAUGGUAUGUUGCAAAACGUUAUUAAAUUAUUUCUAAAGACUAGUCUCUAAUAAUCCAAUUUAAUUAAGGAAAAAUUUAAUAAAAAAGAAACACAAACUACUAUAAUGAGAAAAAAAAAAACAUCUAAAUCAAUGAGCAAAACACUUAAAAUGAAAGUGAAGUGUAUUAGAAUGCAGGGGAAUUAACUGUACUUAGGCUACUAAGAAUAACAUAUUGUUUACUCAAGAUAGGUAUUAUUAAAGGAACACUAUAGUGUCAGGAAUGCGAACAUCGAUUUCCGACACUAUAGUCCUGGUGUGGCAUUUUAGAUGACCUCCAAUCGCGCUGAAUAGGUCAUUUUUCUCCCAUGCCUGGCUGGUCUUGUUACAGCUGUACAUGUGCGUCAAAAUGCUGUGCCAAUCAGUAAGAUAUACAUAUAUUAAUAAAUAUAUAUGAAACAAGGGGGGUUGGCUGCACUCACCUGAACAUGCAUAAAUGGGGGUGCUGCUGGGGGCCAAAUUAUACCAUACACAAGAUCCAGCGCACUCACCUAUCCACUAAACAGCAACUUCAAUGUUGAAAGAAUUUAUUAGUUUUUUUUUUUAAGAACACCUAAUCUAGGCAAAAAUAAUGGGGGUUUAGUUACAUUAUAUGAUCAUACAUUGCAUAAGCCUGCCACAACGUCAAUGUACCCCAUCUUUGGCAGGUCCUACACUAACAGCCUAAUGUCUGCUCUUAUGAGAUUAACCACUUACUUGAGGAAAAAAAAUCCAUCUGGGGCUCUCUGCAGUACAAGGCUAAAUAGGGCCCUGGGAUGAGGCACCUGUGACAGGGAGGGGUGCAAAACCAAGGAGUUGGCUAGACUCCCAAAUAUAUAUAAAACAAGAGGGGUUGGCUGCACUCACCUUAACAUGCAUAAAUGGGGGUGCUGCUGGGGGCCAAAUAAUACAAUACACAAGAUCCAGCGCACUCACUAAACAGCAACUUCAAUGUUGAAAGAUUUUGUUUGUUUUUUUUAAAAACACCUAAUCUAGGCAAAAAUUAAUGGGGGUUUAGUUACAUUAUAUGAUCAUACAGUGCAUAAGCCUGCCACAACGUCAAUGUACCCCAUCUUUGGCAGGUCCUACACUACACUUAUUUUUGCCUAGAUUAGGUGUUUUUAAAAAAACUAAUAAAAUAUUUCAACAUUGAAGUUGCUGUUUAGUGGAUAGGUGAGUGCGCUGGAUCUUGUGUUUUGUAUUAAUAAAUAUAAGUGUACACACAGAUCAUGCCAUCAUUAUAGUAUUUUGUGCUUUUUUUUUGCGUCUAUUUGUCCUUAACUAAAUUGCAUUAUUAAUGACUAGUUUUAUAAAGGUUUUGUACUAUAUUCAAUGACUAGUAUUGUAUUUGAAAUAACUGCAUGUACGAAAUAAGUGUGUAUCUUAGUCUGUAUAUCUGUUAAUUGAUUAGGGUUAUGCUCUGCAUACACUUCCAAUAUUAUUAGUUGCACAGAUCACUUAAGUGUUUAGUGAAACCUAUUACUUAGACUGCAUUCUACACUCUCUCUUUUGACUUUAGGUGACUGGCUAGGGCCCAGAGUUAAAAUAAAGGCCCCCGAAUCAUGAAUUUGCUUACCCUCAUUCACCAUCCCUAUCUAAAGAAUACAAAGGAGGGCAACAUGCUAACCUGCAACACCAGUUAGCCUUUUACAUUUUUCAAAGAUUUCUCAAACUAACAUAAGAUUUAGUGCACUAACUCAUUCACUAGACAGCAACAUCAAAGAGUUCUCUAAGUAACGCGAAGCAACUAAGAGAAGACUUCAUCUGGUAUAUGUCAGAAUGUCAGGUGCAGCGGUCAUUAAACUAAUAGAUUUUAAUGUGAGGAACUGUCUCUAAAGUAAUGACGGCAUACGUCUCACAUAGACCAUCUUUAUUGACACAGCAACAUUUGUCACGUUGCAGUUAUUUUAUACAAAAUGUAAUCAGGCCCCCAGUAUCAAUAUAAAACAAAAGCUGUACAUCGUGCCAUUUACAAAGCUGACAUGAUAUUUGACAUGACAGGAACAAACGACUUGGAUCUCUAAGCAAUAUGAUCAGUUGUUGGCCGCUUUAGUUAUAUUCCAUUAAAUCCUCUCGCUGGCUUAUUUUAUCAAUGUUCUUUCAGUCGGCAAUUACAUAGGGAAUUUGCUUUAUUUGUAUUACUUGAAUAUAUAUUUCACAUUUUGUGGUUUCUUGGAAGGAAGUCAAAUUCUUUAACACAAAAAAAAAUUGUAUUUUAUUUAUUAUUUUAUAAAAUAUUUUACCAGGAAAGAUACAUUGAGAUUUCCCUCAUUUUCAAGUAUGUCCUGGGUCCACAAAACAUUGCAUUGUUACAUUAGGGUACAAUAAAAUACAAAAACAAUAUUAAUACACAAUAUAUAUAAAAUUUUUACACAGAACAGGUAGGAAAUAUAUAAUCAACCAUGACACGUGCAUUCUGUUUUGAGGUAUGUAGAGGGGGAUCUCUUAAAAGACUUUAGGCUUGGGGAAGAUUUGAAAGUGUGCAGGAGGUCGUUCCAUAAUUGAAGAAUACAAUAAUAAUUUCAAGUUCAUAGGGUCGUGCAGAUUGCAUUAAUAUAUCUCAAUGCUGUAAUCUCGUGCAUGCAUAUAGAUGUAUUUAAUGCAUGCGUAUAGAUCUAUCUCGCGUACUUAGCAGUGACGUCGGCUGAGGAGCAGCACGACUGAGAUAGUUGCCACCUCAAAAGACAGAUUCAGGUAAGUAAUCUCACCUUUACCGCCCCCCCCCCCCCGACUCCCAUAUCACCAGUGGUAAUGUCACCAUUGGGGGAUUUUGCAAAGUCACCGAACAGUGACAGUGUCGUUCAUUAAUCUCUCUUUACUUAUAUCCUUUAAAAGUGGAUAGUCAUCCUUCCUUUUCAUUGCUUAUCUACCAAAAGAGCAAUGAAAAUAAAAAUGCUGUCAUUAAAUGAUCAUAUGACCAGGUACCAAAACUGAAAUCUCCUAUUAUUAAAUCAGAAUUAUCAUGCGUGCGAUUUUUUCCCAAAAUGAUAGCCAACUGAAACUUAGCCCUGUGUUGUGCUGUUUAUUUUGAAAAUAAAAAAUAAAAAAUGAACUAUAUUGUUCUGUUGGGUAUACCAGGUGUGGCUUGUAAAUAAAAUUAACUUCACUCGUGUUUGUACGGCAUUUCUGUGUAGAUACCCAAUCUAGCGUGAGCUACUGGAUGUAAACAUUUUCAAACUAUCUUAAAAUCAGGUGUAAUUUGUAUUUUUUUGUUGCACUGUAUUUCCUUAAUAACAGGUAAAAAAGUUAAUAGUGUUUGAUCCGAAAAAGCGUCUCACCACUCAGCAAGCGUUACAGCACCCGUGGGUAACAGGAAAAGCGGCAAACUUUGCUCAUAUGGACACAGCUCAAAAGAAACUUCAAGAGUUUAAUGCUCGACGCAAGCUCAAAGUACGUCAAAAUCAAAGAUGUUGCCUUUGUAUUAGUAGAUACUUAGGUUAUUAACAGUCUACAAAGAGGCAACAGCCGAGAAAUAGCGUUUAAUGGGAAAAUAUGCUCCUUAUGAUAAAAAGUUUAUAACUGAUAAUAACAGGGUUUUGGUGCAUCAAGUUAAGGUGGUGUUCUGAUGAGAUCGGUGGAAUGUCAAUGGAACAUGUCCCCAUGACACUGACCUUAUAGGCAUCAUGAUGAGGUACCCACCUGAUUAAUAUCUAUAAACAGGAUAUACAUUAUCAGAGAUGAGUUACUUGACUUCGCACAUUUCUCAUUUCAUUCCUAUUUAUCAUUCUGACACAUGGCGCGUUCUAGUGAUACACAUUCUAUAUGUAACAUAACUUAAUAUUACUGUAUCACUCCAGAGCUAGACCUUCUGUCUAUCUGAGUUCAUAUUUUCAUGAGCAUAAUAAUAUGACUGUUGAGAAUUAACAAAAUAUUUAAUGACAUCAAUUCUUUCCCAUAACUGAACAUUUCUUCCAUGUGGUCAUCAAGCAUCCAUACUCAACAGAUUUUUCUAUUAGAACAGUUCUUUUAAUCAUUGAAUUACCACAUUAUAACCACUAAUGUUGUAUCGAUGGUGUGUUUGAUGUUUUGGUUGAGGACAACCUUCCACGUUGUGAACUGUUUUUUUUCUCCGCAGGCAGCAGUUAAAGCAGUAGUGGCUUCGACCCGCCUAGGAAGUGCUGGCAGCCAUAGCAGUCACGACAGCAACAAGACCAGUCGAAAUCAAUCUCCAGUACAAGAGAGUGGUCAUGAAGAAGUUCCCACUCAGGAAUCUAAACAGGAUGAGGAUGGUGGGUCAUGAAUAUACCAUCUCCAUGUUUCGGUCAAGGUCUAUGCCAUUUCAUGCACCAGCAAAAUCAACUUGUCUCCCAGAAAGAAAAAAAAAAGAUUCUUUAGCAUGGCCUUGCGGCAUUUUUUAUUUAUUUUACUUGAGGAGGUGCAACAAAGUGUGCAAGAUGGCUAUACUACAGAAUAUCCAGUGCAUGUGACUGCUUCUAGAAAAUGGCCGACCUCAAACAUGGAUGAUACAACUCUCAAUAAUCUACCGACAUGUGAACUAUGACAUGAGUAAACAUUAUUUUAAUUAUAACCUUGAUAUGCAUAGAAUCUACAUGAUAGACAACAUAUGAAGUGUGAAGUCUUUUUAUUUCGAAAAAUUUUAUAAAGCUCUGGAACUUAAUAGGGAUUAUGCUAAAUAGUUUUAGUUUUCAUUUCAUAUUAUUAUGAUGUCGUUUUGGAUUGACAUUGAUUCUCAAGAUGUGUACCACUUUUGAGUUUUAUCACUUAUAUCUAACAACUGUUUACAUGAAAAUAGUAUGUGCAUUUAUGCAAAAAAAAACAACCACAAAAACAAAAACAAAAAACAUUCCACAGAUACGAUGGUUCCGUGUAUAGUGUUGCGACUCUCGACUGCACUCAUAGGUUUAAGAAUGCCUUACAGUAACACUUUAUAUACAGUAUUUUAUUAACCAAAAGAGCACUUUCAUAGAUUUUUUCUGCCAUUGCAUUAUAUAGAAUUGGAAAUAUGUAACAUGUGUACCUAAGCAAAAUAAUACAUUAUAGCUUGCACGCUGUAUGUAGUUUGGAUUUGGUAUUUUUUAUUUAUUUUAUUUUUAUUGUACAAACUAAUAGAUUGAAUGAAAAGAUGCCUGAGUGAAGAUUGGG